GUUUCAGUCAUCGCGCGGCGCGAGCCUCAGUGACAGCCCGGCGUGCUCGCUGAUUGGCUGGGCGUCCCCGUCACUUGGUGCUGACUCAGUGUCGGCUUCUGCGGCGGAGUCGCGGUUUCCAAGGAGACGGUGGAGGAUGCGCGGGACCGUGUAAGGGGAGGCGUGGGGGAAAGGGGGCAAUCAAAUAUGGCAGAGGGCAGUACCAGCGGGGGUGGCACGGACAGCAGAGGGCACCUGGGUACUUACAUUAUUACACGGCCUGUAAAAAGGCUGGAGCUGGCAGGAGUGCAAUGCAUUGUGGGAAGCCUGGACCCAAGAUGGGGGAGAGAGCCUGGGCACUGGGUAUAGCUGGGCAGAGAUGGGCAGUGGGUAUAGCUGGGCAGUGGGUAUAGCUGGGCAGUGAUGGGCAUGGCUGCACAGGGACAGAGAGAAAGCAGUUACAUAGAAAGAGAUGGGCAGUGGGUAUAGCUGGUCAUUUAUGGGCAUGGCUGCACAGGGAGAGAGAGAAAGCAGUUACAUAGAAAGAGAUGGGCAGUGGGUAUAGCUGGUCAGUGAUGGGCAUGGCUGCACAGGGACAGAGAGAAAGCAGUGUUACAUAGAAAGAGAUGGGCAGUGGGUAUAGCUGGUCAGUGGUGGGCAUGGCUCCACAGGAACAGAGAUAAAGCAGUUACAUAGAGAUGGGCAGUGGGUACAGCUGGUCAGUGAUGGGCAUGGCUGCACAGGGACAGAGAUAAAGCAGUUACAUAGAAAGAGAUGGGCAGUGGGUAUAGCUGGUCAUUUAUGGGCAUGGCUGCACAGGGAGAGAGAGAAAGCAGUUACAUAGAAAGAGAUGGGCAGUGGGUAUAGCUGGUCAGUGAUGGGCAUGGCUGCACAGGGACAGAGAGAAAGCAGUGUUACAUAGAAAGAGAUGGGCAGUGGGUAUAGCUGGUCAGUGGUGGGCAUGGCUCCACAGGAACAGAGAUAAAGCAGUUACAUAGAGAUGGGCAGUGGGUACAGCUGGUCAGUGAUGGGCAUGGCUGCACAGGGACAGAGAUAAAGCAGUUACAUAGAAAGAGAUGGGCAGUGGGUAUAGCUGGUCAUUUAUGGGCAUGGCUGCACAGGGAGAGAGAGAAAGCAGUUACAUAGAAAGAGAUGGGCAGUGGGUAUAGCUGGUCAGUGAUGGGCAUGGCUGCACAGGGACAGAGAUAAAGCAGUUACAUAGAAAGAGAUGGGCAGUGAGUAUAGCUGGGCAGUGAUGUGCACGGCUGCACAGGGAGAGAGAGAAAGCAGUUACAUUGAAAGAGAUGGACAGUGGGUACAGCUGGGCAGAGAUGGGCAUGGCUGCACAGGGAGAGAGAUAAAGCAGUUACAUAGAAAGAGAUGGGCAGUGGGUAUAGCUGUUCAGUGAUGGACAUGGCUGCACAGGGAGAGAGAUAAAGCAGUUACAUAGAAAGAGAUGGGCAGUGGGUAUAGCUGGUCAUUUAUGGGCAUGGCUGCACAGGGAGAGAGAUAAAGCAGUUACAUAGAAUGUGAUGGGCAGUGGGCAAUAUGGCUGCUUUUAUAAUGCAUGUCACUCAUUAAAAAUGCAUAAUGCAAGCCUGAGCCUGCAUAACUGUAAUAAUUAUUAUAACCUUCUGCAAUUACCUCUGCAAGGUCUCUCCUACAUGCAGGAAGAGAAGGGGCUCUCUAUUAAAGCAAGGAGCCAAGCUAUUCAUGGAAAUAUUGAGAGGAAACCAAUGGAGCAAGGUGUAGUAAUAAUAAUAGCUUUUGGUGGUAGGAUAGAGAAUACCUGGGUUAUGGAUAGGGUCACAUUUAGAGGAGGCAAUAAAAAUAAUAGUAACAUUUUGGUGAAUAAAACACAAGUCUUUUUAUAUUGCUGAUGAGUUCACGUUAACUCAAAAUCUGUAGAUCAAUCAUUUCUAAUUAUUGACACUUCAGGUAUCCCAGACUGUGGGUCACAAGAUGUUCUGGGAGCCCACGGGACUGGCUGGUCAUCAUGAGACUUGCAGUUUAUGACAGCUGAAGUGAUAAUAGUUACUGCUGUAGGUAUUGGGAGGUGAAAUGGAUGGUAGCGAAAGCUGAAUGAGUGAGUGGGUACAGUUAGGUUGUUGUAGGGAGGGAGAAGCUGUAGAAAUUAUGGCAAUAAUGCAAGAUUGGGAAAGGGAGAUGACUAGGUGUUGACAGCUAUAGCCUUGUAGUUGUAGUAAAAUAUAUAAUGUACAUCAUGUUUUUUUGUUUGUUUAUUAACCAACAACAUUGCAAAUUGAUUAAUGGCCAUGUCUGCCAAGCGUUAUUUUCACAAUGUGGGAUAUAUUUACUAAACUGGGAAUUGUAAAGAACUGCACAUUUAAACCCAAGAUAUCCAAGGUGAAAACUAUUUCAGACUACAAUUUGCAAUUCCGUUGUCAAUCCUUCUUAAUCUCCAGUUUAAGCUGUAAAUGUAUGUCUCAGUUUUUGUGAAUAUUUAUGGAAAAUUCAUAUUGCAAGGCUAUUUUGGAAACAAUAUAUACAUGCGAAAAACCUUUCACAGAAUGUAGCAUUGGCACAGUCCAUAGAUCGUAUAACUAGCAGAAUCAAAAUCUCAUCCCUUCAGAAUUUGGUGGUGUUAUUGAUUGAGUGGCUGUCCGGCUAUUUAACUAGUCAUUUUCUUUCUCAGUAUUUCACUUUAGUAAAUGACAGCAAUAUUCAUUUACAGCUUACCAUUAGUUAUUGAAAGUUCACGUCAAUGAGUGAUCCAGUAGCAUUAAUUAAGUUACUGACAAAAUGGCAUUAUUGCCAAAAGCAAUUUUUAAAACCUCGUGUUCUGGUGUUGCACUCAUAAGAGCAAUGAUAUCCCUCUUAACCCUUGUGUACCUUGGAGAUGCUGUGAACUGUAGCAGCCUCCACUCCCAGACUGGCAGCAAAAGUUGUAGCCAUGGCAAUGUGAGUGCAGGAGUACACAAUAACAUGGAUACUUUAACCCCUUAAGGACCAAACUUCUGGAAUAAAAGGGAGUCAUGACAUGUCACACAUGUCAUGUGUUCUUAAGGGGUAACAGUUCCAUUAAAAUGGCAGGUCUGUCAUGAAUGACACUCUUCUAUUAUAAAUGCAGCACAUUCCGAGCUAAACAAUUUUUGAUAUUUUAACUAUGUAUAUUAUCCUGACACUAAUAACAUCAAACUAACCACUAAGGAUAAACUUAGCAUGUAGUCAUUUUCAGGGACUUCUAUAAUUAAUUUAACCCCUUAAUGACACGACGUGUGACGUCAUGAUUCCCUUUUAUUCCAGAAGUUUGGUCCUUAAGGGGUAAAGGACCCACAUGCACCCUUCUUGAUCUCCACUGCAAACCUACUCUUGUGACUGUUGAGUAUGGACAAGGCAGUAGCAUGUAAAGCUGCUGCCGUGAUCAGAUUACUAAAGCAGAAUGUGAAAAUUCUUUGCAUGUAGUUGUCUGAAUGUGGUGGUAAACACACGAGUCACUGGGUUGUCGCUGCCAAGUCCCCUUUCUUUUGUGUGUUUAAAGCUCGGAGUGAUUAUAUGUAGAAUAAAAGGGGGAGGGAAGAACCUUAGGGAUGUCCUGCAAUCCAAAUUCAGAUAGGCAAAUUUGUAAAAGAAAGUAGGAUAACGUGCAGAAUAUAGUGUAGUAUGUUGAAGAUCAGGAGAAUUAAAUAAAAAGUAAUGCACUUACAGUUUUCCAGAGAUGAUAACUAGCUCCAAAUGUACAGCUGCAAGAAAAAGUAUGUGAACCCUUUGGAAUGAUAUGGAUUUCUGCACAAAUUGGUCAUAAAAUGUGAUCUGAUCAUCAUCUAAGUCACAACAAUAGACAAUCACAGUGUGCUUAAACUAAUAACACACAAAGAAUGAAAUGUUGCCAUGUUUUUAUUGAACACACCAUGUAAACAUUCACAGUGCAGGUGGAAAAAGUAUGUGAACCCUUGGAUUUAAUAACUGGUUUAGCAAUAACUUCAACCAAACGUUUCCUGUAGUUGCAGAUCAGACGUGCACAACGGUCAGGAGUAAUUCUUGACCAUUCCUCUUUACAGAACUGUUUUUCAGUUCAGCAAUAUUCUUGGGAUGUCUGGUGUGAAUCGCUUUCUUGAGGUCAUGCCACAGCAUCUCAGUCGGGUUGAGGUCAGGACUCUGACUGGGCCACUUCAGAAGGCGUAUUUUCUUCUGUUUAAGCCAUUGUGUUGUUGAUUUACUUCUAUGCUUUGGGUUAUUGUCCUGUUGCAACACCCAUCUUCUGUUGAGCUUCAGCUGGUAGACAGAUGGACAUAAGUUCUCCUGCAAAAUGACUUGAUAAACUUGGGAAUUCAUUUUUCCUUCGAUGAUAGCAAUCCGUCCAGGCCCUGACGCAUGGCAAAGCAGCCCCAAACCAUGAUGCCCCCACCACCAUACUUUACAGUUGGGAUGAGGUUUUGAUGUUGGUGUGCUAUGCCUUUUUUCACCACACAUAGUUACAUAGCUGAAAAGAGACUUGCGUCCAUCAAGUUCAGUCUUCCUCUCAUUUGUUUUUUGCUGUUGAUCCAAAAGAAGGCAAAAACCCAGUUUGAAGCACAAUUUUGCAACAAGCUAGGAAAAAAAUUCCCUCUUGACCCCAGAAUGGCAGUCAGAUUUAUCCUUGGAUCAAGCAGUUAUUACCCUACAUUGAAAGAUUAUAUCCUUGAAUAUUCUGUUUUUGCAAGUAUGCAUCUAGUAGCUGUUUGAACAUUAUGAUUGUUCUUACAGUAAAAAAAACUUUCCUUUGCCUUAGACGAAAUCUUCUUUCUUCCAGUCUAAACGCAUGGCCUAGUGUUGUGUGUUUCUUCCAAACAACUCAACUUUGGUUUCAUCUGUCCACAGAAUAUUUUGCCAGUACUGCUGUGGAACAUCCAGGUGCUCUUGUGCAAACUGUAAACGUGCAGCAAUGUUUUGUUUGGACAGCAGUGGCUUCCUCUGUGGUAUCCUCCCAUGAAAUCCAUUCUUGUUUAGUGUUUUAUGUAUUGUAGAUUCGCUAACAAGGAUGUUAGCAUUUGCCAGUGACAUUUGUAAGUCUUUAGCUGACACUCUAGGAUUCUGCUUCACCUCACUGAGCAGUCUGUGCUGUGCUCUUGCAGUCAUCUUUACAGGACGGCCACUCCUAGGGAGAGUAGCAGCAGUGCUGAACUUUCUCCAUUUAUAGACCAUUUGUCUAACCGUGGACUGAUGAACAGCAAGGCUUUUGGAGAUACUUUUAUAACCCUUUCCAGCUUUAUGCAAGUCAACAAUUUUUAAUCGUAGGUCUUCUGAGAGCUCUUUUGUGUGAGAAAUCAUUCACAUCAGGCAAUGCUUCUUGUGAAAAGCAAACCCAGAACUGGUGUGUGUUUUUUAUAGGGCAGGGCAGCUGUAACCAACACCUCCAAUCUCAUCUCAUUGAUUGGACUCCAGUUGGCUGACAUCUCACUCCAAUUAGCUCUUGGAGAUGUCAUUAGUCUAGGGGUUCACAUACUUUUUCCACCUGCACUGUGAAUGUUUACAUGGUGUGUUCAAUAAAAACAUGGCAACAUUUCAUUCUUUGUGUGUUAUUAGUUUAAGCAGACUGUGAUUGUCUAUUGUUGUGACUUAGAUGAUGAUCAGAUCACAUUUUAUGACCAAUUUGUGCAGAAAUCCAUAUCAUUCCAAAGGGUUCACGUACUUUUUCAUGAAACUGUAUGUGCCUGGGCGGUACAAUCCACCACCUGUGGAUAUACUUGGACUCUUCAGCCAAUGGGGGAUCCCUGGAUGGUAUAGAACAAAAAGAACCAAUAUAGUGUAGCUCUGAUGCGCAUAUAAUGAGGUAGUUCACACACUUCGGUAUACAGGGGUUCCUACUCUAUAGGUUUACAUAACCGCAAAUUCUCACCGGAGAUAUAUGAAUAAAACAGAAAUAAAAAAUAUAGUGUUCACUGUUAAAAUAGGUAAAAGUAAUAAAAGGAGAUGUACUCACAAGUGGAGAGCAAAAGAGAUUUUGUUCCAACCGUAUGGCAUAGGUGGCAUAAUUCCCACCAAUGAAUUUACUGGUACAAUCUUCUGGUUGACAUCAGGAAGGUCCAAAAUUAGGUGUAUAAAAACACAUUUAUAAGAAAAUAAAAUGUAAAACCAUAAAAGAGUAACACACUAACGCGUUUUUAAAACCCAAGGGCGGAGUACAGAAUAUUUGAUAGAGUCCUAACCUCAACAUCUGAGGAAAGGGAUUUAGGCGUAAUUAUUUUAAAUAACUUAAAGGUAGGCACACAAUGUAAUAGAGCAGCCGGAAAUGCUAGUAGACUGCUUGGUUGUAUAGCGAGAGGUAUCAGCAGUAGAAAGAGGGGAAGUGUUCAUGCCAUUGUACAGAACACUGGUGAGACCUCACUUGGAGUAUUGCACGCAGUAUUGGAGGCCGUAUCUCCAGAAGGAUAUUGAUACUUUGGAGAGAGUUCAGAGAAGGGCUACCAAACUGGUUCAUGGAUUACAGGAUAAAACUUACCAGGAAAGGUUAAAGGAUCUUAACAUGUAAAGCUUGGAGGAAAGACGAGAGAGGGGGGAUAUGAUAGAAACAUUUAAAUACAUAAAGGGAAUCAACACAGUAAAGGAGGAGACUAUAUUUAAAAGAAGAAAAACUACCACAAUAAGAGGACACGGUCUUAAAUUACAGGGGCAAAGGGUUUAAGAAUAAUAUCAGGAAGUAUUACUUUACACAGAGGGUAGUGGAUGCAUGGAAUAGCCUUCCAGCUGAAGUGGUAGAGGUUAACACAGUAAAGGAGUUUAAGCAUGCGUGGGAUAGGCAUAAGGCUAUUCUAACUAUAAGAUAAGGAUAGGGACUAAUGAAAGUAUUUAGAAAAUUGGGCAGACUAGAUGGGCCGAAUGGUUCUUAUCUGCCAUCACAUUCUAUGUUUCACGUAAUUGACAGGCUUUCUCAAAUUGUCCUUGUAGCGGCUGCACCCAUAGAGUCCUGGCAUAGUGUUUCUUUAUCAUGAGUUCCAAAUACACUACUACCUAUGUGAUAUUUUUCUUGUGUGUAUUUAUGUGUUUAUAAUUUAUUUUGUUUUAUCCUACAGACUGGUUCCAUGGAUAUUUUUUCCCCCUUCUAUUAGGAUCAAGUGUAUCUGAACUAUGAACCCUGUAUUUCUGCAGAUCCAUCUUCUGGCGCCAUGGCAGAUCCACAGUAUGUAUGAUUGGGAUUAAUUCAGUGUUGUAGUUGGCGUUGCAUUUAAACCCCAAGAAGAAACCCAUAAAUUGCAUCUUAAAUAAAAAAAUUUUACAAAUUUUAAUUUAAUGCCAAAAUAACUGAAUUAGAAAAAGUCUCUAUAAACACUUGUAAUUCCCUACUUAAUGUUUCCAAAAAUCAUGAAAUUGUGAAUAAAGAUGUAAGGAUUACGGAUGGACUGAGUACUGUAAUAGAUAAUUCAAGGUGAAUUCAUAGAGAAUUUCAGGUAAAAAUAGCUGAACUGAAAAAACCCUGUAAGUCAGCUAUGUUUUAAAGGGACACUGUAGGCACCCGGACCAUUUCAGCUCAUUGAAGUCGUCCCAUUUCAGUGUCCCUAUUGCAUUUAGUGUUGCAAUGUAAAACAUAGCAGUUCCAGAGAAACUGCAGUGUGUAUACUGCAGCACUAAAUCUGCCUCCAGUGGCGCUUCCUGACUGUUAACCUGACUAUUGGUCUGGUAACUGACGCUGGACUAUGGACCUUCAGCAUUGGCUAUUUCCCCAUAGGAAAGUAUUGAUUUAAUGCUUUUGUAUGGGGAGGACCUUAUGCGCAGCACUCGCUGCACAUGCCCUUGUUUUUUACUGCGCGCAUGAUGUAUAAGCUGUCAAAGCAAAAAUAAAGAAUUAAAACAACAACAAAAAAACGUAUUCACUGUAAUUUCUUAGUGUUCUAUAAAUCCCGGUCAGGUAAAUCCUACCAUGCCUAUUGUUAUCAAUGUUAUGCAGCAGUAAAAGGCUAUUUAAAGGACCACUAUAGUCACCCAGACCACUUCAGCUCAAUAAAGUGGUCUGGGUGCCAGAUCCCCCAGGUUUUAACCCUGCAGCUGUAAACAUAGCAGUUUCAGAGAAACUGCUAUGUUUACAUUGCUGGGUUAAUCCAGCCUCUAUUGGCUGUCUUCCUCAUCAGUAAAUAUACAUAAUAAAUAUAUACAAUAAACAGACUGGAUUGCAACAUACCUGAAAGUCCAACAGCAUCUCAUCCCAAAACCCAACACCGGGAGGGUGGGUGGGAAUAAUACUCGCCUCCAUGUCUUUAAUAAAAUCAUGACUUUACGUCAUGUUAAUAGUAAAAUCUGGCAAUUUUAUUAAAGACACGGAGGCUCCUAUUAUGCAAGUUCAAAGCUGAGCCACCAUAUGAGAUGCAAUGUGGUCAAUCGGCCUGAAAUAGAAAAUCACAAAACUCGAUUCUUGCCACCGGACAACAGCCCGUAAGGUAUCCUCCAAACGACAACCGCCCUCCGAGGCCUUAGACAUCAUACCUCCAUAUACCAAGUGGGAUGUAACAAACGACAUGUCGAUACCAGCCAACAUAGCAGUCAUUAAACCUAUUGCGCCAAUGUAGGAGUGGACACCAGUAGGUGGGAAGCGUGGAAGGAAAAUAAAGUGCAAGGUCUGGAGAACGUAGUCGCUGCGUAACCUCCAGGUAAGUUUUCAGACACUCCACUGGCCAUAGUGUCAAAAACGUCCUGAAUGUAGGGUAAAAAUUCCAGCUCCAGGUGGCCUAGCAUGGUGUAUUCUCUACAUAGAUGACCUACGAAGGAUGUCGACCAACUAGGAAAUUCCCAAAAUCCAAUGUCGAGGGUUAGAUACGGAAACCAGUGUUAGUCCCACGCAUCAACUGGACCACACUUGUCAUGAUGACCGAAGGCUGAUCGAUUACCCGGUGUCCAUGUGAUACCGAGGAGAUGGGGAGUUGAUCGCGGAAUGUCCAAGAUAAUCCAAGCACCCCGAAAGGAGUCACGUCAUCCGGUGUAGAAGGCCUUGGUCCACUAAGCAUGUCCCCAUUGGGUCUAGAAGGGCUCUGAGCGCUUGGAAUCAAACCUGGGCAAACUAUUGCAAUUCUCAGUAAUCGAGGGAACCAUGGGUGCGACAUCCGCAGAGUAGCAAUUAACACCAACGCAACCUAGUGCUGGGCCAAUUGCAAGAGCCUGUGAGCAACCAAGUCGAACGGAGGGAAGGCAUACAUCCAAGUAUCCGGUCAAUCCUGAAUGAACGAGUCAAUCGCUACAGUCGAUAGGUACCGUCCUCCAGCCGUAAAACUUCGGCAACUAGGUGUUAAGGCAAGAUGCCAACAGAUCCACCAGCGCCAGUCUCCAGCAUCUCUAGAAUAAAAGUGAAUUCCAAUCGGCCCUAGAAGUGUCCAGGCCUGGAAUGUGUUCUGCUGUCACCGGGACAUUGUGAAGACAAAAUUGCCCAAAAAAAAGGACCCAAAAGGGGUCGGACCCCUAACACCCACCCGAGCGGGAGUACCUGAACGGGGGCAGUAGCCCCAGUAAGGGUCACCAUGGUGUGGGGGAACCAUCCUACCAUAACCUCAGAGUCCUUCUCCUCACUCCGGUCGGUGACCGACCUCUUAUCACGGGGACUAGCCCGUAUCCAUAGUCUGGUGUUUUAUGCCCGACCAGGAGCUCAUUUGCGCGGUGGGAGCACACCAUCUUUCACCAUCAGUCUGUCAUAACAGGCAGGACCUGCAUCAAGGAGUGGGAGAUGAUGAGAUAAGCCUCCGCCGUAGUCUUACAGGCCCAGGGCGUGGCAGGACAGAAGGAGGUGGGGAGCCCAUACUCAGUAGAGCAGGCACUAAGGGAGCUUGUGUCAAAAAAACUGGGAAAGCGAAGACGACUCUGUUCCCAGGGCUGAGGUAAAAAAGCUCCUUGGCAUGGAAUACGCUAUAUUGGAGGCUAGUAAGGCCUGACAAACCUCCCAGAGGUCACAGUCUCCCCAAUUGCACCUGAAGAAAAAUCAUCAGAUCGGCCCUCAGGCCCAUCACCCUCAGCCUGCAUAGCAAGAUGGGUUAACAUAUAAAAGAUAAAAAGUAAUGUCUAUUUGACAAAGUGGACUUGCAAGCCUGUAAUAACACGUAGGUGUAAAGGAGAAUAUUUUAAUUAAUUUUAAACAAAUAAAAUAAACAGAAAUACAUUGUAAGAUCAGGUCUCGCAAGUAACGUUAACUUUGCAAAUUAAAACCCCAUGUGAUCUGGACACACAUGCAUUUUCCUUUAUCACUUAUAGAUGGCAAAGCACAAACUCACAAACAGGGUGAUAGGAGCAUGACAAAAAAUAUAAAAUGCAUGCUAUGUACGACAAGAAAAAAUAAAUAAGAAAAAUUAAAUAAGUAUGUACCUAGCAGGACAGGGUUGAGUAACCCACAGGAAAGAAAAAGGUUAAUAGGCAUACAAAUAAUAGCAACACAGAAUACCUGAACGGUGGUGUGCCCAGGAAAAGACUCAGAGGCUGGCAGGGUGAGGAGGAGGAGGGCCGAGUAAGGAGAGAGGGAACCCUGCAAGCUCGUGGUAAAAUCGUGGCAAAAACUCUGGUCCAAGAUGGCCGCCGCACGAGGUAUGGAGGAGCACCUCAUGGAGAGCAAACAGCAGGGGAAGUUCGCAUGCACACUACCCACGUGGCCGACCCAUCUGCAUCAGGGAUCCACCGCUGAAAUGAGCAGAGGCUCGCAAGUGCCUGCCUGACCGCAAACCCUCAUGGCUACUCACGACCCGAGGAGAGGGACAGGGGAGGGGAAAAACGGCCAGGAAAAGGUUUGACCGGUCGGGAGGGGAGAAUCCCAGCAGGGCACACCACACAGGCAUAGGAUAGGGCAACAAGUUAAGUAAAAGCCCCAAACAGCACAGUAAAAUAGAUACAAUAAAAUAUAUAAUAAAUAUACAAUCGCCAGCAUAGUAGAGCAAGUGAGUACUUAUCUGGUCUGAGAGCAGCUAAGAAAGAGGGGGGUUGUGGGAGACACAGCCUUUUAUAGUCACUUCCUCUGUUAUGUGAUUGGUUGCCUGUGUGCCUUACAGUUUUUUCUUUAAUUUUGAUAUAUUUAUAUUUCUCUAUCUUUACUGCUGAGAGUAAUAAAGAAAGAGAUAUGCAUAAUAGGAGCCUCCGUGUCUUUAAUAAAAUUCAAAAAUGUUGUGGCUCUGCUGUGCCACGCCCGAUUGGGAGACAUUUCCAAGGUUAUUUCUGUAGCGUCAUUCUUGUUAGGGAUAGCAAAUAAAAUAUAUUCAUCUAUGUCUCAGACUGUCUAUCAAAUCAGUGUUUUUCCGAUAUCCACUUGGAUCCCUAAUGGAUUUUGUGCUUGUUUUUCCUUUUUGUUUUUUAGGUCUAGCUGGCUGAAGCCGUGCUGUGGUAAAAGAGCCACUGUGUGGCAUUCUUUCCUGCUUAACGCUGGUGUAAACAUUGUCUUGGUGGCCUGUGUGAUUCUGGUGGUUAUUCUAAUGACCGUAGAACUGCUCAUCGAUACAAAGCUCCUCCAAUGUGAGUCCGUUAUGGACAACCUGUAGAUAUGCAGCUCAAUUUCAAGUAGCUCACAAUCAGCAGAUUGAUCUCAAAGACAAAAGUUCUUUUUCAGACUAAAACUACUAUUUGUAUGCAAAAUAUGUAAAGGUGUAUGUUCCGCACCUGUGGUUGAAUAAUAGUAUAAUAAUUAAUUUUACGCGAGCACUAGUCAGAUCCUAUUUGUACAGUAUUAGAAUGUAUAUAACAUGUUAAUGUAUAAUGCUAGUCUGAAUUCCUAUUUCAAUGUUUGACCAUUUCUUCCUGUUCUUCCUUUUUAUUUAUUUUUUCAGUUUCCAAUGCACCCCAGUGUUCUGGAAUCAUCCAUUGGAUCAGUCUAUCCAUUUUGUCCAUGUUCUUUGUCGAGGUGAGAAACCUCCUUAAUUUAAAUUAUUUUAUUUUUUUACAAUUUGUUAAAUCAAAGUAACAAAAUUGGUCUUGUUUCUGUGCUUUGUUUUUUAAAAGCUGUAAUUAAAGAAACACUCCAAGAACCAUAACCUGAGUACCUGUGCCAUAUCUGGUCUUUUCCUACAGUAGAAGGCAGAUGUCCCUAUAGUCUAAAGCAUGGAUAAUGCAGGACCACACUUUCUGAGAGCCUCAACUGAUGCUAAACAGAUUUCUAUGGUCCAUCCAUGUCUGCAUGCUUAACUGAUACCAUCCAUCCAUAGCGUUAAUUGUUAAAGUGACACUAUGUUCAAAACAACUUUAGCUUUUUUUUUUUUUAAUUUAAUUCUUUAUUUUGGCAGGUGAUAUAUGACAAUACAGCAGUUUCAUUGUAUCACAGUAUAUAAGCAUGUGCAGUAUUUGCAAACAAUGAUGUCUAGUGUGUUCACCUAUUUUUUUUGUUUAAAUGAUAACUAUCGGUAGAUGAGUGGUGCCCAGGAGCCUGGUGGUGGGUAGUCGAAGUGUCCGCCUUUUCCUUCGUGUAGGCUAAGAAACAUGUGACUAUGUGUCUGUGGCGUUAGUGUGUCUCCUGGGUGUUGUGUGGCCUCUAACCCAUGAGGCUAUGUGCGGGGGGUAUUAUGAGCUUUAAACCCCAUAUAACUUUUGGGGCAUUCAGAGCUAUCUAUUGGGGUGUGUUUGUGUCGCUAUAGCAGCACUUGGUGGACCGCCAUGUGGCGGUUGUAUGGUUAUCAGUGGUAUCUAGGCAUAGUUAUGCACAUGUAGGUAACAUGGUCAAAUGUAAGUAAUGCAUAAAAGCAAAGGAUGAAACUAAAACAAAAACAGUUGGUUCUUUUCCGGACUUUAGGUUUUUAAGUCCUGUUCAUUCCCUGGCACAAAGGGAGUAAUUGCCGUUACGUCCCAUUGGUGAUUGGAGCUCGUUGAUGGGGUUGCUUCCGUUAUGCCCAGGGACUGAAGGAAGGCCGGACCUUCUGUGGGGCUAGUUGCUCGCAGGGCCUUUCCCUCUCGAAAUACUGUGAGGGAUCUCUGGUAAGUCCAGCGGUAGGCUAGUCCCGCAGUUUGUAGAGCUGCAGUUAUGAGCGGGGUUUUCCCUUUAAGUGCCGUGAGGAGCCUUUGUUUGUCUGCCACGGUUUGGUCUCUAGGUGCCGUGGUGGGCGCUUGUGAGGAUUUUGUGAUGCGGUAUGCACCAUCAAAGGUGAAUUUUGGCGGAUUUUGCAGGUAAGAUGGUUGCUGCCAAACGCCUUAUGAAGUGGGGAAUUUCUUCCGGGGGGAGUGAGUCUGCUACCCCUCGGAUUUUUAUGUUACGUUGCCUUCCUCUGUCAUCCAAGUAGUCCACUCGUGUGGAUAGUGAGGUAUGUAAUGCUCUUAGUUGCUGGACAGAUUCAUUCAGGGUAGUCAUCCCUUGAUUGAGAUCCUGUAUGUCCUCCUCAGUAGCCUGUACCCUGUCACCAACUGCCUGCAUCUCUGUCUUGACCACAUUCAGCUCUGCAGAAAACAUGUUUUGGAAGUGCAUGAGUAAAUUGUGAAUGUCCUGCUUUGUGGAUGGGGCCGUUCCGUUUACUAUGGCUGCGGCCUCAGGUAUUACUAUUCCCGCUGUGGGUGGCGUUGGAGUAGCCUCUAGCUGUGUAGCUGUCAUAACUCUCGUGCAUACAGAGGCCGCCAGCAUCUGGCCGAUGUCUUGCCCGUCUUUUGGGGUAGGUGGAGUGGGCUUUUUGCGCCCCAUGUCUGGUUCUUUAGGGGUUUGUUGGCUGUUUGCCGUAUGCAAGUUACCUCCAGUAUGCAGGAAGCCCCAGUAUGCCGCACUCAGGUCCCGCGGGAUUCCCGCUCUGUAGGCCCGGUUUCCCCGCCGUCGGUUUUUGACACUCGUGGGGAAAAUUAAUGGCAUCUGCCUGCUCGGGGCCGCUUCCCCUGUAUGAUGGUGACAUUUUUUCGCUGGUUAGACUCUCGGUGUCUGGGAUUUUGUCGCUUUAUUUGGUGUGGCGUGCUUGGAGCUCAGGGAAAUGGCAUCUAGCUCAGUGUGCUGCUUAGCUCCGUCCCCCAAUAAAGCAAUUUUGAUGUAUAGAUUAUGCUCCUGCAGUCUAAGUCCCAUUUACAAGUUUAAUCGCUUUGUUUAUGCAGCCCUAGUCACACCAACUUGUAUGUGACUUACACAGCCUCCCUAAACAUUUUCUGUAAAGAGUCAUCUAAAGUUUACUUUACCUUUAUUUCAAACUAUUUUUAAGAUAGACUUUAUCUCUUGCUCUGUUGAUAGCCUGCUAGAGUCUGCAGGGCCUCGUGUGAUUACAGUUCAUUUUACAGAGCAUUUUUUUUUUUUAAAGUAAGUUAACAUCUGAUUAAAACUGAAACUGUGUCAGUCACAGCCUGGGGUGGUAUGGCUAGGGCUGCAUAAACAGAAACAAAAGCGAUUUAACUCCUAAAAAGCAGUGAGACUUCACUUGAUCUAUACACAACAAUAUGCUUCAUUAAGCAAAAUGUGUUUGGUGACCAAAAGUAUCCCUUUCACAUAUAACACAAUAAACAUAGAUUAGUUUUAUAUAUGGUGCGGUAAGAUAAGCUUUCAAAGUGGGCUAUAUGGAAUAACAUACAUUUAAUUUAAUUUUGUUGAAAAUACGAGUUGAACUAAAUAAAAUAAUGGAGUGUUUUAUAUUGCAAUAGGAAAUUUUGGUUGUAGAAUGCUAUAUCACUGGGGGGGUUCUACAACUGCAAUUCCUACAAUCCUUUACCAGCAUUAUACGAUGCAUUACGUUUUGGAGAUAAGAAUGCUGAGUAAAGUGAUAGGUUUCAAUUUUCUAACUUGUCAUUUGUACGUUUUUAUUUUCUUUCAAUUAGACAAUUUUAAGAAUUAUUAUUCUUGGCAUUUGGGAUUACAUCGAAAAUAAAGUCGAGGUGAGUACCUUUGCAUGAUGUAUUUACUAUCCUGAAAUUACAAGUCAAACCUCCCUCUUGAGGUUGCAAGAAAUGUAUCCUUAAAUAAAUGUGUCAUCCUAGUUUUAGAAUGAUUGAAAAUAAAAGAAUGCAUGUAUUACAGCGCAACCUCUGUGUGUCUAUUAUUGUAAUACAAUAAAAAUUGUUUUUAACUUAAAUGUAUGCAUCGCCUGAUUUACCCUGCUCCUUGGAGGCAGCCAUAUUUUGAUUAUUGGGAUCUGCAACACUGUGAGCAAAAAUGAGUCAAAUGAGCACAUCACUUGCAUGUGACAUUUGGAUUUGUGGACAUAUACUAAUUUAAUUACCUGACUGGUCUUUUAUUGGAUUAGCAGUGCUUCUGAGCAGAGAGGAUUAAAAAGGGUAGGCCAGGAUAUUUACUAAAUAUGCUUAUAUGUAUACAUAAUGAUAUAAUACAAGACAAGGAUAGCGUACUAUCCUUGUCUUGUAUUAUAUCUACUGUAUCUAUUCUAUCUACUGUAUUGCACCAACAAAUAUUACAUAAUGUUUAUUUUUUUGUUUUGUUUUUUCCCAAGAUAAAACGUUCUUUAAUUUGAUUUGACACAUACUCAUGUAAAUUCUCAUUUAUUAUACGAAAACACAGUUUUGGGAGUAAUGUGUGCACAAUUCGUGCAACUUGAGAAAAGUAUUUCGAAAUAAAUUCAUUUAUUUGUCCUGAUUUUACAGAGUACAUCAUAUGUCUAAGAAUUUCAUUUAAUUUUUUAAAAAACAAAAUUGCCACACAAUAUAUAUUUAUAUAAAGCAGACAUCAUGGGCUGACGUCAUAGGCCAUUUGCCUAAAUGUAUUUUGACAAUAUGUAACCAUUUAACUGCCAAUCUCUGCAAAAUGUUUUAGUAAAAUUUGUUGUUUUUUUUGUUCACAUAAUAAGUUUUUAAUAUUGGGUUUGUGCUACUCCUGUUAAAGACCCCAAUUAUGUUCAGCUGCGUCUUCUGAGUGCAACAAUACUCCCAAUGUACGUCUCUCUCACAAUUCUGUGAAGCUAUAGUGCCAUAUAAGACACCUGACCAUUUCAAUUUGUAGUGGUCAACCCACGAGCAGCUACGUUGUCACUGCUGAGUCCCCUUUUUCUUGUGUGUUCAUAGCCCAGAGUAAUUAAAGCUCCUUGCUGCUGUGUUAUUGCUCUCUCACCCAAACAGAGCCGAGACUUUGUGAAGGAUGAAGAAGAACAGAUUUUACUGUCACAUUGAUCACACUUUUAUAACUGGGGCCUCAAUAGCAGGUCCCCAGGGAGAACAAUAGAAUUGCAACAUCGCCAAUGCCUUGGUGUCUGUACCUGAGCAGUAAAUUUAAUUAGCAGCCAGACAACUUGGCACCGGGGUAAAGAAAAUACAUACAACUUAGGAUACCCACAUCCCCACAAUUGUGCCAUCCCCAAGAAGAUCUCUUCUGAUUGCCCAAUCUGCCCAAAAAGCACUUGAAUCAGAGGUGGCUAGCGAAGGUUAGGUGGAAGGUGACGUUUUCAGCAUGCCGAGGCCAUCUUCCAAUCCGGCUCAGAGUUUCACUACACUGGGUAGAUAUCCCAGUCCCUUGAAAUGAUCCGAUUUUGAGUUCCAGAGCUACCGGUCAGGCGCACUGUGCCUCAUUGGCUUCCCUGCCAGCCUAUGAGAGCUCCUGGACAGCGGAAAGGGGGCUCUUGCCUUGGAGUCACGGACUAGAAGGGCAAAUAGUAGCUAUAUAGUCCUUUUUUAGAGGGAGGUGGUGGUUGGGAAACCUGUACCAGUCCUAAGUGACCUGUCGGUCUGGCACACAAUUUUUACAGUUAGAAUUUUGAUGGGCCUUAGACUCACUUUGAGGGAAUUAGAGCAGUUUGACUUUUCAGAUUACCCAACAAAGGUCGGACAAUGAAAAUCUGAUAUGAACUGAAUGUAUGUGGACGAAACGUAAAUUUUGGUGGCUCCCAAGGCUAACUAGUGCUCAAUGAGCAUGCACAGGAUUAUGAUCCCGUCACAAACUUGAGCAGAAGAAGGCAGGUAUGUAACAUCACUCCCAGUACUUAGAAGAUGGAGGUUCCUUGAAUAAAGAUCCGGUGCUGUAAAGAUUAGCAAAAUUAUAGGUAAAGAGAUCUAUUAAACAGCGAUAUGUAUUUUUAUUUUUUAUUUUUGUAUUUAAGUAGUAGAAUAUCCCUUCAAUUUAGAAUUUCUAACCUCUUGCUAGAGUCUCAUGUGUAUAAUCAAAGUUCAAUUAUCAGAGCAGGCAAUUAUAACUUCUUAAGUAAACACUCUGUGCUGUAAAAGCUGAUUAAAAUUACUAAAAAAAAAUUUCUUCAUGGAGGCUUUGUGAGGGGUGGUGUGGCUAUGGUGCAUGAACAAAAUGAUUUAACUCUUGAUUGGCAUAAAACUGAGUAAUGAGAUUGCUGAUCUAUACACCAAAACCACUUAUUUAAGCAAAAGUUAUUUUAGUGCUACUACCCUAAGUAAGGUGUCCCUAACUAGCUUCUUUACAGCUUGUGUGCCAACUUCUGCGCAUUUAACAACCAUUGUAUUAUAUUUCAUGCAUUAUUGUUCAUCUUUCCUUGUGAUGCAUUCAUAUUUUCAUAUUCCUAUGUGUAUGACAGGUGCUGGAUGGGGCAGUGGUUAUUCUCUCAUUGGCUCCAAUGGUAGCCUCAACAGUGGCUAAUGGACCUAGAAGUCCUUGGGAUGCGAUUAGUCUCUUUAUUUCACUGAGAAUAUGGAGAGUGAAGAGGAUUAUAGAUGGUAAGAGAAGCAACAACUUUCAAUCUGAUAAUGUUAUUUAAAAAAAAAAAAAAAAAUGUCUGAAUGCUAGCCUUGUAAUUAAGAAAUAUGUAGCAGCUGCCUUUUAGAGUAAUUCUGCUAGGGGACGAUAUAUCAAACACAUAAUUCUAAAUGCUGAACUCCGUGUUCCAAAGGAAUACAUUGAGGAGCGUGUUUACUCAUCAAUCCAAUGCUUACUCACUCGGUCCUUCCCACAGGCUGAUCUUGUUCAAUGGACUCGUGAUGUCAGGAGGGAACAUAGAGUUAAGGAUUCUACCAAUCAAAUGUUACAUAGGACUCUCAACUUUUCAUUGGACUCUUCAAAAAUUCAGUAAACGCUCAGUUUUAAAGAAAUCACUCAACUCUAACUUACCUUAAUCCUCCAGUGAUACCCCAAAAAAAGCUGACACCAUACUCAUUCUUCAGCUACGGCACAGAUCUCUAAUCCAUAGAUGGUUAUUUUAUCGUGUUUGGAAUUUACAGCUAAAUUGUCAAAUAUUGUUAUAAACACUGAGUUAAGACUGGUGUAAGUUCACAUAUUUAUUAAAUAAAUCUGCAUUCUCUGGCUAUUUUAAGUUUGCUGAGAAAUAGCAUUCUUUGGAGGAUCUAAUGAAAUUCACGAAUAAUUCAAGAUUUGGGCACAGUUUCAUUUCCAUUACAUUCAAAUUCCAAUGCAAUGAAAAGCUAUCUGAAGGCAGAAUAAGGAUUACCUUGUUUAUAUGUAUUGCUUUAUUCACACGUGUCAGAGUACAGUAGUGACUUGGUGCCUGAAGCUGAAUAUAGAACUGAGGAAUGAGGCGCAGGGAAGGGAGAUUUUCAUAGAAGGAAAUCUGUUUUCCCUCCGUGGAUCUGCCUGCCAAGAGGACAUGUGACGUUGGUGACACAAGUAAUACUACCGCUUUAUCACAGUCUGUACACUUUCCAGCAUUUUAACAACGUAGCACAGUGUUUAGAAUGCUGACGCACUGUAUGUACCACAUCCUUCUCCAGAGUUCCUUUUACCAUUUUUUCAAGAUGUCCAUCAGGAAUCAGGGGUAGUCAACUAACCUCUAACCCAUUACUUCAACUUUAACACCCCUCACUGAAAUAUUAACCCCUUUUCUUUCUGAGGCAGAAUAUUUUACUGAGACAUAUAACACUUGUCUUAUCAGCUAGAAAAAUUCCCAAUACUUCUGCUAACAAUUCUUUUGUAUUUCAGAAAUAGAUUACAUAAAAAUGAGUACUCACACUCUUUGUGGAUACUAAUAAUUUAUACUAAAAGCGAUUACCACAGCUAACACAGAUAUCAGUAAUUGAUGGAGCAAGUCAAUAUAGAGGUGUAAGCAGCCAUUCAUGAAAUCCCUGCUUUUCUUGCAGCUUAUGUCUUGCCUGUAAAAGUGGAAAUGGAGAUUAUGGUACAGCAGUAUGAGAAAGCCAAACUCAUCCAGGAGGAGCAGCUGGACAGACUGACACAGUUGUGCCAAGAACAAGCAGUAAGUUAAAUUUUUAUCAAACAGACUGGAGCUUACUGGUAUAUAUCAGGCCAGUCAAAAAAAAAAUAAAAAAAUAACAAAGCAGAAUAAGGACAGAGUUUAACUCCAAACCAGUGAAACUUUAACUCGGUGGUAUGGCUUUAUGGCCAAACCACUCACUUCUACAAAACAACAAUGUCUUCUGUUGAAAGUUAUAUAAUAGAUGUGAUGAAAAUAAAAAGUGGCCUCAAUCUAAUAUUUUUGGAUCUGCUUUUAAAAUGAUUUGUUUUUUGGGUACACAUUAAACAUUUUUGAAACCUGACUGGGGACUAACCGAAGGGCAAGCUACUGAAUUUUUCUAAGCUUUGGCCCAUUCUCAUAUUCAAAAUUAUUGAUUGUGUUGGCACUCAGUUACUGGGUGGUGCAGGUAUUAGAGGUAUUCCCCAUCAAGGACCUCAAUAAUAUAUACAAAAAACAUCAUUCUCAUAUUCUCUGUUUUUGUUGCAAUGCAUUAAAUUGGCUCUCCCCAAGUUAAAAGGGUAAUCCAGAUGUGGACUGCAUGCUCACUUUGCCUAGAGCAGGGGUAGGCAACCUACGGCACCAGUGCCAUGCGAGGAAUUUCCAUUGUGUUUCCAAUGUGUGACAUGUCAUGAUUCCCUUUUAUUCCAGAAGUUUGGUCCUUAAGGGGUUAAAGGGGAACUGUAACUUUUUAGGCGUUUUAAUAUUUUAUUACGAAUUCAAAUAUUUUACAAACAUAUUUUUGAGAUGGGAUAAUUUAAAUUCAAUGUAGAAAAUCUACACCUCUUUAUCCAACAACUGGGCUCCUCUAUCCCUGUCAAUCAUUGUCAUAAGCUCUAUGCUUGGUGGAGAAUCUCAUGAUGAAAAUGUUAACAAAUGUUAUAGGUGCCAAUUCUCCUUUUCUAGCCAAGUUAAAAAUAAAAGAAGUAGAUAAAGACCCCCUUUAUAGAUUGUUUCCCAGCUGAUAGAUCUAAAAACCACUGCAGAAAAGGAAUGAAUCUGUAAAUUUGCAGAAUCAGGUUACACUGUUAGUUUGAUCAUUUGAAUUUGUCUUGAGUGUGAUUGGCUAAUGUUCCAACCUGCUAGACAUAAAUUAUCAGGUUUAAAAAAAAAAAAAAAAAAGGUAAAGACAAUGGCAAAAUAUAUGCAGAAAAAGAAUAACCACACAUUGUGGUGGGAUUAGUAGACAAAAAAUGGACAGAUGAGCACAUUUCAUGUCUCAUAUGGUGUUUUGUUUUAAUACUCACAUAUGGUCAGUUAUCAAAGAGGUAGAAUAGAUGGAUUUAUUAGGGCUCUGCUCACCUUUAUUUUUUUUAUUUUUUUAACUAUUUGUUUUAUUUUUUUUAACCAUUUGUUUUAAAUUUCACAAUGCAAUAUAUAAAACAUUAAACAAAUGACAAAGUGCUGAGGAAUAUGUUGGCCCACUAGAAGUAAUAUUAUAAAUAAAGCAAAUCUCGGGGAUUAUUGUAAACUACCAAUAAGGCUGUACAAAUAUACAGCAUCUACCCCUCUCUGUGCUACAGUUAUUUUCUUUGUCCUAGUACUGUAUUUCGAAAUAGGUGCGCCUCGGGCUGGAUUCACAGAACAAUAUAUGAUGUAUUGAAAAUCACAAACGUUGUGCCUGCUUAACUAAGUUAGAAAAUAAAUAAAAUCUCCAGUCUCUGUGCCAACAUAUUUUUCCCAAUUGACUGUGUAGCCUAACAUUUGCAACUAAGUUAUAAAGUCAUCGCAUGCCACUUUAUGGGUGAAUAAAAGCCCUGUAAAUAUGUUUCUACCCUUAAACAUGUCAUGCACCCCAUCUAGUGGCCACAACAAGUAUCACAAGCUUGUUUUUAUUUCUGUAUUUAUAGUAUUUGUCAUUACCAUUAUUUUUUAUUAAACAUAUAUAUAUAUAUAUAUAUAUAUAUAUAUAUAUAUAUAUAUACAUUGGUUUUUAUUUUGUUUGUUUUUUUGUACUGCUGUAUCCUCCAUUCGUUAUAAAUAAUUUUGUUUUCUUUAAAAUAUUAUUUAUUUUUACAGACAUCCAAAUUAUAUUCGUCCACUUAAAAAACAAACAAACAGAAAAGUAUGUAUAAACAUGUCCAUUUUGCUGUCAUUCCUUUCUUUUUCUUUCUUCCAUUAUAUACUAUACAUUUUUCUACAAGCACACUCUUUUACAGUUCUUUACUACCGUAAAUACUUUAUUUUUUUAUUGUUUUUGUAUGGCUAUGCCUUCUUUUCGAACUCUGUUAACCUGCAUGCUAAUUAUUUAGUGGUUAUUGACUAAACAGUGAAUCCAGGGAACUGAAUUGCACAAUUCAGGUCAUAAUAGCUAGUUUGGAGUUAUUGUCAAACUUUUGCAUAGUCACAGCUUAAUUAUUUUAGUCUGAAUGUUCCAGUUUAGCAUUCAAUUCGCUAUAAUUCAUUGUGUAGUGAAUAAAUCAUUUAUUUUUCUGUACUGUCACUACUAUUCAUUAGAGCCAAUCAUCUAACAUGCUGGAUGCUGUGGACAUUUUCCCAUGAUACUUUGCAUAUGGGGAAGCUGAGCGAUAUCAUGGGGGAUGCAUUUCACAGCACCUAGAGCAGCAAAGGUUGUCCUAUAGUCUGGUAUUUCACAGCAGGUAUUGGAAUUGUAUAUCAUUGUCAUUGAUUCCCAUGUGGCACAGUUCUGCUACGAAUUUUGUCUGGAAUCAAAAUAUGUUACAUAUAUGCUAACAUUUUGUAACUUCAUUUUAUCUUAUUUUUUUUGGUCAACCUUUAUUGAAAAUUUUCAUACUUUUUUGAUCAAUUCACAAACAAAGACAAAAACACAUCAGGAGAAAAAGUCCCUUGCAGGGGAGGUAAACCAGAAAAAUGGUCAUCAAGAGGUAGAAAUCACAGCAAUAUAAUGGAGAUAUCCGAAAAAAUGCUCAUGGGGAUGACAAACUAGUGGUGAACCUCAUUUUGUAGUCUAAAAUUGUUAAGAUAAUGUGACUCAGGUAGAGCAAAGCAAGCCCUGGACUAAAUCUAAAAGCUGAUGUGCUUUGGUAGGGGACUAUGAAUAACAGACCAAAGAGACAGCUAAGGUAAAGGGCAGACUACCCACAUGCGAUAGAACAGGGAAAAGAUAAGAAAUAGGAGGGGGAAAGAUAUAUAUAAAAAGCAACAAUAGAUAGAAAAGUGACUACCUUCCCCAACCUAGGAAAUUCAGCCAUGGGUAUCGCUCCAGAGACAGGAGCGAUAAUGCUCCUGUGUCUGGGAUAAUGGUAUAGGGAGGCAUCGCUCCAGAGACAGGAGCGAUAAUGCUCCUGUCUGGUAUAAUGGUGUAGGGAGGCAUCGCUCCAGAGACAGGAGCGAUAAUGCUCCUGUGUCUGGUAUAAUGGUAUAGGGAGGCCAUCAUCUCCUCCAUAGUUCUAAUUUCCAAAAGCGAUUGUUGAAACAUCUGAGUGCAAGCGCUACUUUUUAUUUUAUUUUUUAAUAUAAAAGAAGAGCAGUGAUUUAAAAUGCUUAUUAUAAUGCUCAUAUUAAUAUAUCAUCUAAACUGUAAAAUUUAUUGAGUUCCAGAAGUAAAUAUAAGUAACCACAGAGACCGGUAAGUGUUAGACUGUUCUUAAAGGGACACUGUAGGCACAUAGCUCAUUGAAAUGGUUGCAGUGUCCUUAACUCUGCAAUGGUAAUUAUUUCAGUUUUUGACAAACUGCAAUAAUUGCCUUAGAUAGUUAACUCCACCUCUAGUGGCACAGACAACAAAGUAGUUGUUAAAAUAUCAAGGUUGGGAUAUUUGACAUUUCAAGAUUGUCAUGUCUGAUUUAAUGCAGGAUGCUGAGAAUGUAAUAGGGAUUCUAGAGGAUUUUGUAACACGUCCAUUCAGGAAUAUGAGCAUUGUAUGACAAAGUCAUAUUUUUCAGUGAUAUAUCACCACGUUUCCGCUAAAUUGAUGGUCUGUUUGAAAUGCUAAAUUUUCCUCUGACAGUUCUUCUAAACCAAAGAAGAGAGGGACAGCUAGCCAGACGAUCAUGUAAACGUUUCUAUAUAAAAUGAUUUCAGACAAAGUUUUAAAUCAAUUUAAUUUAUUAAUAACAUCUUUCUGAUAAUAAAGGUUUUUAAGCUUCUAUUAGUCCAAAGCAGCGUCUAUGAAGACAAUGAUUUUACGUCCCUCGAUAAUUUCCUUUGAAGGCCGUUAUGUCCAUCACUAAAUAGUGGAAGAUUUAUAAUGCUAUAUAAACCUGCUAAUACUGUUCAACUAUAUGAAGAAAUGUCCAUAUAAAAUUAUUCACAAAAUGAACUCCUUAAAUAAGCUGGAGCAAGCUGUAAUUACUGCAGAGAGCGGAGAAGAUAUAGUUAGGUCCAGAUAUAUUUAAAAAAAGAGACAUUAUAUGUAAAAAGGAAAACCUGUAUUAAGAAUAUAUACUUUAUUAAAAAAAAUAUACUUUGCACUGACUCAUAGGUGUGUAUAUAUAUAUCUCUAAAACAUAUUAAAAUGUAUAAAUAUUAAAACAUUCUUAUAACCUUUUUCUUCAAACUUCCUAAUAAGUGUCCCUGCUUGCUCUUGAAAAUAUCUACUUCGGUACAGUUUCUUUUAAUUCUCUGAAAUUGUCCUUUUGGUAUAUUAUUAAGCCAGGGAGUAUAGUGACCACUAUUAUAUAAAACGUUAUUGUUGGCAUCAACCUUCUUAAAAUAAUUUUUUGUUUUUAGGUUUCCAUUUUCUACAUAGAUUUCUAAAUCCCCAAAAAAUUAUAUUUGUUUUACUAAAUUCACUAGUAAGGUUGAUGCCCCAUUCGUUGGUAUUAAGCUCAUGUGGAACGUUUUCCAAGCUGGAUAUAGACCAAUUCCAAAUAAAAAUCAGAUCAUCUAUGUAUCUGCGAUAGGUGACCAGGUUUGACCCCCAUUCAGGACGAUCAUAUAUGAAGUCCUGUUCCCAUUCUGCCAUAAAAAUGUUAGCAUAACUGGGGCAAACAUAUAUUAUCACUUUCCCCUUCCCUUUUUUAUCUUAUGCAUGUGUAUGGAUAUCUGUUACCUCUUUGAGUGGUUUGAGAAAAUAUCAUUUUGUAAGUUGUGGAAAUUUUGAAAACAUUUUCCGCAGAGUGCACUUUACACUUGUGUGGCACCAAUAUCAAGCAUUAUUGAUUGCACUUUAAUUCUUUCACUUUAAGUCAUUACAAUUUUGCACAAAAGUAUUGAAUUUUUUACUUUAAACAUUUAAAGACACAGCACACCUUUUUAUUUUACCCUUUUGAACUUGCAAGUGUUUGGAUUCACACCCAAAAGGUGCUGCUAUAUUUUUUUGUAUGUAUGCCCUUAAAAUAAGAUUUUAAAAGCGCAAUUUUCCACCUGUUAUAACUGACAAUAUGGGCAUUUGCAUUUGGAAGCUGUUGCUGUGAACCCACAACAUGCGUUCAAAGGAGCUCUCAGUGCAAGUGAAAUAGGCCAGAAAAUAAAAUCUAUCAGGAAAGUAGUCCGAGCAUUAGGAGUGGCCAGAUCAACAGUUUGGUAAAUUUUGAGGGGGAAAAAAAAGCACUGGUGAGCUCUGCAACACACAAAGGCUUGGGUGUCCACGGAAAACAGUGGUCGAUAAUUGUAGGAUCCUUUGACAUGGUAAAGAAAAACUCUUCACAAUAUCCAGCUAAAUGAACACACCCCAGGAUGUAGGCAUAUCAAUAUCCAAGUCUACCAUAAAUAAAAAACAUCACGAGAGUAAAUACAGAGCCAUCACCACAAGGUGCAAACCAUUCGUAAGCCUCAAGAAUAGAAAGGCCAGAUUAGACUAACAUCUAAAAAAAGUCAGCCCAGUUCUGGAACAGUAUUCUUUGGACAGAUGAUCAACCUGUACCAGAAUGAUGGGAAGAAAAAAAGUAUGGAGAAGGCUUGGAACUGUUAAUAAUCCAAAGCCCACCACACCAUCUGUAAACAUGGUGGAGGCAGUAUGAUGGCAUGGGCAUGCAUGGUGUAACAACCCACUGGAAACAUGUUCAGUCCUGGAACUCGAGUGCAGUAACAACCCUCAGAUCCUGAGGGUGAAACCUGAAUUCUGUAUGGUCAGUGAUGGCAGGAAGACUUUAAUAAAAUAACAGAAAAUCCAAGACAACGGUAUCAGUGGAAGGGUCUGGCAGAAAUCGGAGUCAGACGGUCCAGAGGUCAGGGCAGGCUGCAAACAGCAAAAUCGGGGACCAGGCAAAGUCAGGAAACCAGCAAGGACCUGAAACACAGUGAAGGAAGUGCUUGGAGUUCUGAGACAGGCAACAAACAACCACUGAUUGAAAGCACUGAUUGAAAGGCGUGCUCUUCUUAUAAAGGAGUAUCUCAAUCACAUAACCUGUUCUCACCUGUGGUCAGUAGGACUAACUGUGGGACUUCCCCUUGGAUGCAUCAUUUUCUUGGCUCUGCCCCUCAGCCACACUUCUUCCAACCACUAUUACCGCUGCGGACUGACCUCUAGGGCGUUGCAGGCCACCCGGGACAGUUGUGUACCAUCGGCGAAUGUGACAGAUGGCUUCCAAUGACACUGGGUCACUCGUGUCUAUUGAUGAUGUGACAGAAAACUGAAGUAUCCAGUGUAUAUAUUGUUUAUACAAUCUAUAGUGUAUAUAUUGUCUGCUCAGAUUCAGCCAAAUUCAGCAAAGUUGAUUGGAUGAAACCAUACAUUACAGAUGAACUAUGACCCAAAACAUACUGCAAAAGCAUUCCAGGAGUUUUUAAGGCAAAGUCUGAGUCAAUCACCUGAUCGAGAAUGCAUUUUACUUGCUGAAGACAAAACUUUAAGGCAGAAAGACAGCAAAAAACAACUGAAGACAGCAGCAAUAAAGGCCUGGCUGUCAUGGCCCCUGGCUCGCCGCGAGGUGUGAUAGCACCCAGCUGGUGUGACCGGCGCCAACGAAAUGCGCCCACCUGCUCAGCAGCGAGUCAGAAACCGCUCCGCCAGGUCCUCCUGGCCGCCUGUCCUUAACCAAUAUGGCGCCAACCACAUAUAGCCCCACCCCCAGGGUCGCGCGACUGUAUGUGUGACGUCACAACGUUGAUGCACACUCACGUUCUGGGGUCAGAGGUCACCCUCGGACCCAAUCACAGCCAAAGGAGGGAUAUUUAAAUCCCUGAAGUUCCUUGGUUCAUUGCCCUGUCGUGGUUUCCGUUCCUGGUUCCCGAGAGUGCGUUUUCUUGUCCUGUCUUUGAUAUUUCUGGUAUUUUGACCUUGGCUAUUCCUGACUAUUCUGACUUCUGGUUUCCCUGACUGUUUAACGAUAUCGUGUAUUUCUGGCUCCCUUGACCUCGGCUAUCCCUUGACUAUUCUCUGUCUUUUUAAUGUAUUAGUCCGGCCAUUCUAAGGACUGCUUUACGUUCUAUCCUUUUCUGUUCUAUCUAUGUAGAUGUUACAUAGUUCUGCAUGCUGGACCACACUAGCUGUUGUGACACUGGCAAAGCCUCACAAAAAAGGAAAUUAAGCAUUUGGUGAUGUCCAUUUGCUCCAGACUUUAAGCAGUCAUUGCCUGCAAAGGAUUCUCAACAAAGUAUUAACAAUGAACAUAUUAUUUAUGAUUGCAUUAAAAUGUCCAAUUACAAUUGAGAACCCGAAAUAAGGGGACUGAAUAUGAAGAUGCUUAAAAUUCUUAAACGUUUCAUAAGAUCUUUUGUUCAAGCCCUUGAAUUAACCCCUUAAGGACACAUGACAUGUCUGACACGUCAUGAUUCCCUUUUAUUCCAGAAGUUUGGUCCUUAAGGGGUUAAAGCGGAAAGUCUUCACUUUCAUUUCCAAUCCAAUGUGAUGGCGUGCAGAGCCAAAAUUAUGAAAAUUGUGUCAGUGUUCAAAUAUUUCCAGACCUAACUGUAUUCAUAUACUUCAUUGUGGUAAAACUGGACUCCAAAUUUCGGACUUUCAAGUCAAUAUUCGAUGCAUCACUCAUGGAAAAUAAUAGGGGAUUCACAAAAGCAAAUAGAUGAAUACAAAUAUAAUAAUAAUACAAUCCUGCCUUCAGACCAGGGCUGACAAAAUCUGAAAUUAUGAAGAAAUGUGACUGCCUAUUCCAGUUUAUCCAAUAUCAUAAGGUGUGGACCACAGGGAAGACCUAUAAGAUCACUUUAUCUGCAACAACCUAUCUCCGUACAAAGCGGGUUGAAUUCUUUACUUAGUAGCAAAUGUACCUCCUUUUAUUUUAUUUUUUUGUUUCUGUUCUUUUUUUCCCUUACACUUGCAUGUGUAAGGAAAGCAGCCUGACCCUCCUUCUCCUACAGAGCGCCGCAAUUGUGGAACGACCUCCUGCACAAUUUAAAAUCUUCCCUAAGCCUAAAGUCCUUUAAGAGAUCCCUCUCUACAUACCUCAAAACAGAAUGCACCUGUCAUGGUUGAUUAUAUAUUUCCUGCCUGUUCUAUGUUAAUUUUUUUAUUUAUUGUGUAUUAAUAUUGUUUUUGUAUUUUAUUGUACCCUAUUGUAACAAUGCAAUGAUUUGUGGACCCAGGACAUACUUGAAAACGAGAGAAAUCUCACUGUAUCUUUCCUGGUAAAAUAUUUUAUAAAUAAAUAAAUGUAAACGAGUGGACUUCUUCCUAAAUUGGUAAAAAUCAGUUGCACUAUUCUUUCUCUUUGAAUAUCUUUGUAGAAAUGCUUUUCUUAGUUGACUGCAAAAAAAUAAUAAUAAUUUAAAUAUGAGCCAUUACUUAUACAAGGAUUUUUAAUAUUAUGUCCUAAAAUAUGUAAGAAAUCUGUAUUUGUGAGGUAUGAGAAAUAAACGUAAAUCCACACAUCUUGAUCAUUCAACUGGGCGCCUCCAUCUUAGUGCCCUGUCAAUCAUUGUUACAAGCUCUGUCCUUUGCACGUGGCAGUCAGCAUAGAGAAAGCAGACCGAUAAGAGGAGAAAUUAAACAAUAUUUCUAUUUCUGCUAUUCAUUUCCAAUGCGUGCCUUGGCUUUGCCUUCUGUGAACUGGAUAAUUUGCUAAAUCUUUAAUCUAUAUUGAAAAGAAAACUGAAUCUCUGAUUUAAAAAAUAAAAUAAAAAAAAGUUAACACAAGUUAUCGGUGAUUUCCAAAGUGUUAUUCUGUGGUAGAGGUUCCAUAGAAGUGACAGUUUCCCUUUAAAAAGAUGUCAUCCUCUCUUUCAACACUAGAUGGCAGUAACUUUAUUCAGCAUCUUUAACUCCAUAAAGAGCAGAAUUGAUCCAAUGGGACCAGUUCUUUUCAGUAAAAUCAAUCUUUUACCAAUCAUAAAUCAGGUUCUCUUGGAGAGUUGAAAGUUUGAUAUUCUUUGUGUAUAAAGCUGAAAAGGAGCUUGGAAAUUUUUCUUCAUUAGUUUUCUGCAGCAAUAAGUCUUGUCAGUAUGAAUAGAUCGUUGAAAUGUCAGGCAGUGUAAAUUUUAGGAAAAUGACGUUAACAUUGUGUAUAUUUCUGUAUUAUAUUUGACGCUUUCCUCUGCUUUCUCUGCAGUUUGAGAUUAGGCAGCUGAGGGCUCACCUUGCACAGCAGGAUUUGGACCUGGUUGCAGAGCGUGAAAGAGCCUUAAAGCUUCCACAUGGGCUGCAAAAACAAAGUGAGCGCUUCAAGGUGAUGCCAAACAGAGAUUCUGAUGAUGAUGCAACAGAAAACAUCUCUGAACUAGCUCAUGGUGAGUAACCAAUAUACAGUUUGUUGGUAUUCUAUAUCCAUUUCAUAUACACCUAAGCCAGUAAACUACUACAACAAGAGAACAUAGUCCUAAAUUAGAGGGGCAAAGGUUUAACAAUAUCAGGAAGAAUUACUUUUCUGAGAGGGUAGUGGAUGCAUGGAAUAGCCUUCCAGCUGAAGUGGUAGAGGUUAACACAGUGAGGGUGUUUAAGCAUGCGUGGGAUAGGCAUAAGGCUAUCCUAACUAUAAGAUAAAGCCAGGGACUAAUUAAAGUAUUUAGAAAAUUGGUAAGACUAGAUAGGCCGAAUGGUUAUUUCCCACCACUUUCUAUGUAAGCCUGUCACCGCCAUAAUAUGUACCCCACUCUAAUACGUCAUACUCUAUGCCAACCUAAUAACUGCCAUUAUGAGAUACACCCACUUAUGUGGAACAUUCAUCAUCCUGGGGGAUCUCUAUAAUGCAAGGAUAAUUAGGACUGUUAUUGGGAUACCUGUGACAAGCAGCGGUGCAAAACAGUGAGUAUAUAUUCAGUACUGCCAUAUAAUAUAUGCAACAGAAAUUCUGCACUCUCUGGACCAUGCAUACUUUACAUGUACACUGCCGUUACCAGUAAAUACAAAUUCAAACUGCAGCGGAAUCACAAACUAGCUGUAAAGACCCUAAAGCACCCAUUGAAUAGUUUAGCUCAUAUAAUAUAGUUAUGAUCAUAUAUUGCAACAUAUACAAGUCUGUAACAUAGUGAAUUUACACCAUUUUGUUUGACUUGUCCUUUUCUAUGCUAACCUGAUGACACCUGUUAUGAGAUGAACCCUCUUACACGAGGCAUUAUUUUGCCAUAUACAAAGCUCCCUACAGUACAGAGUGUUAAUAGGACCUUUUGACUAUGCAUGUAUGUAUGUAUGUAUGUACAGUCAUGCGAAAAAGAAAGCACCUCUUCUUUGAAUUCUAUGGUUUAACAUAUCAGGACAUAAUAACCAUCACCUUAGCAGGUCUCAAAAUUAGGUUAAUACAACCUAAGAUGAACAACACAUUAAAUAUACACCUUGUCAAAAAUAAAUUUUGGCCCACUCUCCUUUACAACGUUGCUUCAGUUCAUUGAGGUUUGCCGGCAUUUGUUUAUGCACAAUUCUCCUAAGGUCGCGCCAUAGCAUUACAAUCAGGUUGAGGUCUGGACUUUGACUGGGCCAUUGCAACACCUUGAUUCUUUUCUUUUUCAGCCAUUCUGUUGUAGAUUUGCUGGUGUGCUUGUAAUCAUUGUCCUGUUGCAUGGCCCAAUGUCGGACAAGAUUUAGCUGUCGGAGAGAUGACCUCACGCUUGACUCUAGAAUACUCUAGUAUACAGAGGGGUUAAUGGUCCACUAAAUAACUGCAAGGUACCCAGGUCCAGUGGUUGCAAAACAAGCCCAUAUCUUCACCACCAUGAUAGACAGAUGGUAUGAGGUGUUUGUGCUGAUAUGCUGAUUUUUGGUCUUCUCCAAGCAUGGAGCUGUGGAUUAUGGCCAAACAUCUCCACUUGCGUUUCGUCUGUCCAAAGGACAUUGUUCCAGAAGUCUUGUGGUUUGUGCAAAUGAAACUUUGCAAACCUAAGCCAUGCUGCCAUGUUCUUUUCAGAGAGAAGAGACUGUUUCCAAACAAACCAUACUUGUACAGUAUUUUACCACUUGUAUUGUCAUUAACAUUUAACAUGCCAACUGAGGCCUGUAGAGCCUGAGAUGUAACUCUUCAUUUUUUUGCAAUUUCUCUGAGCAUUGCACGGUCUGACCUUGGGAUGAAUUUGCUGGGAUGUGCACUCCUUGGAAGAUUGGCAACUGUCUUGAAUGUUUUCCACUUUUGAAGAAUCUUUCUCGCUGUAGCGUGAUGGACUUUAAAUUGUUUGGAAAUGGCCUUCUAGCUCUUCCCACUUUGAUGGGCAGCAACAAUUGCAUCUCUCAGAUCAUUGCUGAUGUCUUUCCUCCUUGGCAUUGUGUUAACACAUACUCCAGACCAGCAAGCUGCUAAAACGUAGGCUUUUAUAGAGGUGGUAACACUUGCUGAUGUUCAAUUCGUCAAGGCCAUUUGAUUAGCAUAACCUGUCUGCUACUUAGCCUUUUAAUUCCUAUGGAAGCAGUAAGGAUGUACUUUUCACACAUGGCUUCUCCAUUUUGGCUUUAUUUUUGUUAAAUAAUGACACAGUGUAAUAUGUCUUGUGUUGUUAUUUAUCUGACGUUGUUUUUAACCUAAUUUAGUACCAUCUAAGGAACUGAUGAUUAUGUCCUGAUAUGUAAAACCAUAGAAUUUUAAGAAGGCGCACUUUAUUUUCCCAUGACUGUACAUACAGAGAAGAGAGAAUCUAUAACUGAAGUGUGAAAUUGAUGCCACUGAAAACACGUAAUAAACCAUGAGUCUGAAAAUCAAGUGGUUUAAAUGUGUUUACAGAACCCAAAUGCACUCUUCCCCAUUAGGUAUCCUGUUAGGGUUUCUUUAAUCUCAGGGCAGCACUGACCUAUACACAGAUUAGUGAGAGUUACACUACUCCGGUGGGAGUUGCCACCAUAAUUUCAGCUUGGGAGAGAGGGUUAAAAUACAUUGGCAGUAGUUGAGGCUCUAUAGAUUAUUAGCAUGUUUAUAGCACCAAUAUAUUCCGCAGUGAUUUACAAUUAUAAAAUGGGGGAUAUUUGGGGAUAAUUUCAGUCCAUGUGCUUCACGGUGGCCUUCAAAUCCGGCAUAAGAGGAAAUCUCUGCACAAAGCAUUCCGCAGUUGGAUGUUGAUGCUUUUACAAAGUCCUAAAACAUGAUUUAUUCAUUUCAAAGCACGUGGUGGGUGAUGUCACACUCUGAUUUAAAAAGUCACUUAGCUGAGAUUGGUGGGAUUUACACUCCCAGGCCUUUUCUGCUGCCACCAUUAAUUUCGUUGGACGAAAUGCUUCAGAUGUGGCUGCUUAACUAAUCUUUAAUAAAGGGGCUCCUGGGAGCCUGAAAAUGAUUUUACCUCAUUGUGCCCGAUCUUUUAAUUUUGGAUAUAGAUGUUUUUGCCAUUGAGGAGGGGUGUUUAGGGAGCCGCGUCCUGGUUCUAAUCGUGGUUUGGCUGGUGAGUCCAUGUGAGCUGCAGUUUAAAUAAAAUAUUUUUGUUCUACUAUAAUUUUUUAAUUUAUUUUUUAAUCACUGAAGCGAUGUGAGAUUCCCUAUAAUAUUGGAAGACUGUCGCUUAUUGGAGAAUAUUUCCAGGACCAGCUCUUUAGGACGAAAUUUUGCAAUUAAGAUUUUAAUUUGUUACAAUUUGAAGUUUAAUGAAUAACCCUGAAAAACAAAUAAUUAAAUAACUGACACAGACCCAGAGAACAAACGAUUCAAGAUAAGAUGGAACAAAGAACUUGUCUAAGUUCAUCUCUGGAUCUCUCUCUUAUUCUCUCCUUUUUCCAUCUAAUCUGUCUCUCUAGAUCCCUGUAUCAAUCUGUUUUUUCUUCUUUGGGAAUAUAGAAUUUAGGUGGGCAACUAUACAUUAACAACAUGAACAUACAAAUAGUUUGAUUGCAAACACACAGAGCAUUUCUCUCUUCAGGUAUUGGGUUUAUUGUAUGUUUUUUUUGUUUUUUCCACUAUAUAAAAAGGGGAAAUAUCACUGUUUUAAGACAUUUUUAAACAAAAAAACAUUAUGAUCAAUGUUCUAAUAUGUAUGUAAAAUCACAUUGGAGAAGAACUAAAUGUCACACUAGACUAGUAAUAAUAAUAAUAUACACUUUCUGAUUUAAUUUGGAAUUUAGCGGGGCUAUUUACUAAAGUAUGAUCUGUUGGGAAUUUAAAAGGAGUUUGUCAGCUUUGUAUUUGUGUUUGACCUAAAAUACUAAUUACACUUUGAAUUACAAAUGUUAUAAAUUGGCGUCGUCUGUUGUUACAUUUAUAAGGAAAAUGAAUAUAAAAUAAAAAUACCAGACAAGCAGUUCAUAGUUUCUCUUCUUGUUGUUAUCAUUUUAUUUAUAAAGCGGUGUCAUAUUUAGGAGCGUGUCACAGUAUUGAAGUCCUGGAUGGAUAAUGCUGUGCGUGGUUUGUCUGGUCAGGUGGCAUUGAAUAUUAAUUAUAGAUGAGAACAAUGAAGGGAUUGAACAUCAGAUAGCUGAACCUCCGUGCAUAGUUCUUCGAGUCUAACAGCCCACAGCUACAUUCAGGCGCUUUCUAAACUCUCACAUUAACACACAACCCUCUCCUGACUGCAGGCAAUUCAGCCUCAACGCGGCCAAAAAAGCUUUUAAACUCAAACCGAGAGCAAGAGAGCAUACUCUUUCCGUCUUGUUGUCAACUUUGAUUGUCAUCUUCAGGACGCAGAAGAGUUAGAGACGGCGGUUUGGGUCAUAUACAGUGCUGAAAAUGUUCAACAGAAAACAUCUGUUUAUUUCACCUGCAAACCGCAGAGUGCUGUACCGAGCCGUCAGAGCUCCCAGCGGCACGUAGGAUAUAUGGCUCUCAGGGAGAAUGGAACUAUCGUCAAAAACUACAGCACUUAAAGUGAUUAAACCACAAGGACAGUGGGUAACGCUCUGUUACCAAUACCUGAUUCUGCAAACACGGCAACACUUGGAUCAUAACAGUCUGUGCUUGUGGUGAUCUAAUACCAGUGGCUAGGUUCUCAAAGCAUGGCUGAAAAUAACAGCUUAUUAUGUGAUGCUUAGAGUUUAUCAGUAAUCAGCAUUGCACAGUGGGUGAUGCUUCAAGGAUGUUAUCAGUACUCAGCAGAGAAGAAUGGGUUAGGCUCUGAGUCUAUCAAUAUUAAUAUUAUUGCCAUUUAUAUAGCGCCAGCAGAUUCCGUAGCACUUUACAGUAUUAUAAGAUGGGGGAUUUUACUAUAAAUAGGACAAUUACAAGAAAACUUACAGGAACGAUAGGUUGAAGAGGACUCUGCUCAAACGAGCCUAGUCUAUAGGAGGUGGGGUGUAAACCCUAAUAGGACAGGAGAUGGCAAUCAAAUAAGGUGGGAGUGAAGCAGAACUGGAGGAAAGAGUAGAGUGCUGCCCUUUAGGAGAGAGCAAGAGACAGGUAUGCGAGGUAAAGGUUACUCUGGGAGGCCAUAAGCUUUCCUAAAGAGAUGGGUCUUAAGGCACUUCUUAAACGAUUGAAGACCAGGGGAGAGUCUGAUGGCAGUAGGCAGGCUAUUCCAUAGGAAGGGAGCCGCCUGUGAGAAGUCCUGCAAGCGUGAGUUGGCUCUACCUGUGCGAACAGGAGAAGGUCGCAUACUUCGAGUGGAGAGACCGAGAAGGGGCAUACCUCUGGAUCUGUGAAGAGAUAUGAGGGGCUAGAAUUGGUCAAUGCCUUAUAGGUACGGGUUAGCAUUUUGAAUUUACUCUUAGGAUACAGGAAGCCAAUGUAAGGACUGACAGAGGGGUGAGGUGUGAGAGGGCCAACUAGAGAGGAAAAUCAGUCUGGCGGCGGCAUUCAUUAGACUGUAGCGGGGCAAUACGGUUUUUGAGAAGACCAAUUAGGAGAGGGUUACAAUAAUCCAUGCUGGAAAUUACUAGAGAAUGGACAAGCUCCUUAGUAGCAUCUUGCGUAAGAAAGGGGUGUAUGUGGGCUAUGUUUUUUUUUGUAUUCUUUAUUUUAUUUGUGCUUAUGAGUACAAGGAAAUUUACCAUCAAAAGUACAACAAAAGUAGUAUGCAAUCAUAUCAUGAAAUACCGGUGAACAAAAGGUUGUACAUUCGCAGGCACAGCACAUUUUUAAUAAUUAAGAUAUAAAACUUCAUAAUAAACUUUGCAUAUAACAGACGAGAGAUACAUGUGUAGGUAGGCAGCAUGUCUUGUUGGUACAGUGAGCUUAACUUAACUUAAAAAAUAACGAUAAGGGAGAGCCAGAUGGCCACCCAUUCACCUCCACCAAAGGUACCAGUGAAGCCCGCGACACACAUGGAGCUGGGUGACUCAGCUCCAGCCACGAAGGCCGACAUAAGGGCUCUAGUGAAGGAAAUACAAGCAAUGUUCCAUGCUGACAUGGCGCUGAUUAGGGAGGAAAUCUCCACGCUCACAGGAAGGGUGAAGAUGGUGGAAGAGGACCUUAAAAGUGUUGGAGUAGCUCAGACUGCCACAGAUGCAGCCCUGGGAUCACUACAAAAGCAAUGCAGCACCCUGACUACACAAAUAGCUACUAUGGAGGAUAAGGCAAAGGCGCGGAAUGUGAGGAUCCGGGGGGUGCCUGAAUCGGUCACUGACUCUGAAUUACCCCAUUAUUGCCGGAGGCUGAUAGCCACACUGCUACUACCCAAACAAGUGAAGCAAAUAGGUGUGGACUCUUGUUUUCGGCUCCCCAAUGCACCUAGGGCUCCCCAGGGGGCUCCUGGGGAUGUACUUGUCAAAUUUAUUCGGGACUCUGACCGGGGGGCUCUCAUGGGAGCCUCAAGAGGCUCGCCCACGGUUCCCUUUGAAGGGGCACACCUAACUUUUUAUAGAGACAUUUCCAGGCACACUCUGACAUGGAGAAGGUCUCUCAGACAAAUUACCCAGCGGAUUCGAGAGCACACCAUCACAUAUAAAUGGGGGCAGAACCGACUGAUGGCAGAGAAAGCAGGCGAAAUGCACCUCCUAACGCACAAGUCGGAAGCAUCAGCUUUCCUUCUGGCCCUGGGCCUGCCAAAGGAGGCGGCCCCAGCGGACAACAGCCCUUCUUGGUGUGUCGCAAACAUUAACCCAUUUGUGCCCAGAGGAACAAGAACGGGCACACCUGACUCACCUACCUGAAACCAGCAUGGACUGCAGCCCGUGCUGCCGCUCAAAGUUUUGCCUAACAAUGUUUGAUACCGUAUUAUUUUAAUAUAAGUUAACCAAUAUUUUAUGUACUUAUUGUUUGUACAAACAUAUGUCCGCUACCUCUAUCUGGCUCCGCAAGCUGACAGCCAGUCACCGUGCCCUGUAUUUACCCCCACCCCCCCUCCCCUCUAUUUUAACGUGCUCCUUCCCCUAAUAAGCGAGCUAGCGCUCUGGGGCGCGUUAUUUAGCCGACCUAGCUGGCACAACUACCCACUGGUUAACCGCCAAGUCAGAACUAGGUUCUUAUAUACCAUAUGACAACUUUUAUUAAUUAACUCGCACCCUGAGCAGUAUUACUUUAAGACAUAGCCUUAUAACCUGAAACCCUUGAGGGUGCAUAAGCAACUAAUCGGCAACCUCCAGUCACUAGUUGGUCUAACAGCUCGUGCAGUCAUGAGGAAUCUAAGCUAGAAAAUUACAAAACUGGGUUUCUAGUAAGCAUGUGAUGCUGUUGUUGUUGAACAAUGUGAUUUUUGAUGGAUACCUUUACUGCACACAAUGUAACCUUGUUGAUCUUGAUUACCCGCAAAAAUAAAGAAUAUAAAAAAAAUAAAAUAACGAUAGGAGAGGCGAAAAUUCACUAUUGUAAUCUGGUGUAUCCCGCAGAAACAGAAGGUAAGGAUUAGGUUGCAUUGAUUAGGGCACAGUUACCUCUCUGGGAAGAACAGACUGCUCCUGAAAUAGUGGCCACCAAGAAGAUCGCCUAAGGCUGGAGGCUAAUUUUGGCAUUGGGUGUUAAUUGGGGUGAGCUGGCAGUGUGCCUUCAUGUGAAGCUCACUAGUCCCAUGGGGGGGGUGGGGGGAGGGCUAUAAUGUUAAGUGUCUGCCUGUAGCUUGCACUUGUUUUUUGUCCAGAUCGCAGCAUGUUACAUCUAUAGCCAUCUGGGCUUGUUGGUAUAUCUGGUUAACUGAUGCUAACUGUUCCGUCUCCCGUUGGUGUGGUGGGUAGGAAGUCCUUGUGGGGCAUGUGAGUGUAUCACCCCUUACCUGACGCAUAUGCCUGUAUGGUAGGUACCCCCUGCCCCCUGAGGUGAAGGUAUAGUAGUGAGUUAGAUUCGCUUGUGUAUGUUGAAGGAGGUGCCGCUCAUUAACCCUUGAGCGGUGUGGGGGGGGGGGGAGCAGACACAUAGGUAUUGCCAUCGUAGCCGGGGUAUUAUACGUAAUGCUAUUAUUAAAUAAGGUUAAGUCAACAGAAGAAAAAAUAUAAAUAUAAACUGGUAAGUGGAUUGGAAUAUGAGACCCAGGUAGAGCCCAUAUCUGGGUGUCCGUCCCGGCCUCAGCCAGUAUCAGCAGCGGCUCUGCGGGUGAAUGGCACCACCUUGGCAACGUCCCAUGAGCUGCGUGGUCCACUUCCUGGGCCCGUGGAUGAGAUUAGGCUUAAUUUCUGGAGGAACGCCUCAGAGUCAUCCGCAGAGGUGAGUGGGUAGGUGUGACCCUCUUUGGUGGCUUGGAGAGUACGUGAGGGGCCCCAUUUAUAUGCGAUGGCUGCUGAGCGAAGGGUUUGGGUGACUCUGUGAAAGGACCUUCUCCAUAGUAGUGUUGAGCUACAUAAGUCCUGUAGGAAUAGAAGUCUUCAAAGCCAUAAGGUGUUUUAUUCUUCGCUGCUUCUUGGACCACCGCUCUAUCUCGGUUCAGUACGAAGCGCACUAGCACAUCGUGGGUAGCUCCAGCCUUGUUAGACUUUGCUAGUCGAUAGCAGCCAUCUAGUUGUAUGCGGAGCGUUGCGGCAUCAGAGAAGCGAAGAGGCGCCUUAAAAAGUGCGGCAUCUCAUGGUCGUCGACCGUUUCGGCAAUACCUCUUAUUUUGAGGUUGUUGUGUCUUUGGGUGUCUUCCAGAGUGUGCAUUUUGAUUUGCUGUUGGUGGGCCACUGUGGAGAGGUGUUCUUCAGUCACCCCUACUCUGGUUGUGACCACAGCAAUAUCUUCUCGGAUAAUAUCGAGGUCAGCAUUAAAGAAGGCACGAAUAUUAUUCAUGAAGGCCUCUAUGUCCCCUUUUGUGGCUGUGGCUGAUAAGUCCUCUGUCCGAGGUGUGGAUAUAUGACCCUCUGUGUGGGGGAUUUUGUCAGGGGCAUCCAUGAUUUCCUCUGAGGAGGAGGUGUAGGGAGAGCCAUUUUAGGUCUAGGCCUCUGUUGCAGGAGGUCACCAAUGUUGCAGGAGCUUUCCCCGUUCAGAGUUUUCAGCUUUUUCAUUUUCUUCCCCAUGUCGGGUAGUGGUGUUAGGCUUGGUGUCUGCCGAGAUCGGGUAGGUAAACACCUUGUGGUUUAUAUCUGUGGGAUAUAUCACAGGAGCUCUGCCGCCAUGCGUCUGCUCCCUUUGGUACCCAGGCCACGCCCCCCGCAGGCUAUGUUUUUAAGAUGAAAUCUACAGGACUUGGUAACAUGCUGGAUUUUUACCCAAUAGGUUAUAAACAAAAGCAAUAAGAGCAAUCAUACACACACUCCCAAAACAGUGACCUUUUUCUGAACCCUCAACGGUAUUUGGAACCCUCAAGCCAGGCUGAUAAAGCCCUUAUUGUGGCUGAAACCUUACUGGAGGGUUCCGAAUCAAGUCAUAAUUUUGAGAUUAUUAUUUUUUUUUGCUCAGAUAUUGGCACUACUUUACGCCAUGGCCAAAUAGCAUUAUCAAGGUCCCAUAUCAUCAUAUGCAUAUCAACAAGAUGAGAAAGAAGCCGGGGUCCAAGACCUGAAAGCCCAGCAAGAAGCUACCGCCAAUCAAACGCUGGAACUAACAGCCAUGUGCACGCAGAUGAACACCCGAAUGGGGCAGCUGGAGGUUGCAGCAAGGCAAAAAAACCUCAAGGUGAGGGGGAUCCCAGACACCGUAACAACAGAGGAACUACCGCAUCUCAUUAAGAGACUGCCCCAGGCCGCCCUGGCACCCAAACAGGCCAAAAGCAUAACUCUAGAUGGCCUAUUUCGCAUACCGGGACGCCAACGCAACGCACCUGAUUCAGCAAGAGAUGUCAUAUUGAACUUCAAAACCCGUGCAGACAAGGAUGGCUUUCUCAGGGCCGUCAGGGGCCAGACCCCAUUUGCAUUUGAAGACCUCAACCUGAACUUUUAUCAAGACCUCAGCCGCCAGACGCUACAAUGGCGUGCAUCCUUAAAAGAAACCACGGCACAACUAAGAACAGCAGAGAUACCAUAUAAAUGGGGAUACCCAAGGCGGCUUAUCGCUACGCGAGAUGGGCACAACCACCGACUGGCGUCACCGGAAGAGGCUCCACAAUUUCUGCAGGCGCUGGGCAUCCAACAGAGGGCAGGGGCCAAGACAAGACCUCCACACAAGUGGGACGUAGCUAACGUUCCAGACUUUACCCCUGCGGGACAGAUAACACCAGCGGGACAGGGGCCAGUGCAGCCCCGGGUAACUUGAACCGACUGAGCAGUCGUCGGAUAGAGAGACAUUGCAACAAAAACCUCCAUCCUGGUGUUGUCACAUAUUGGGCGAGUUGGAGCUUGGCUCCCACAUCUACGUGUUAUGCUUUGCUUUAUUGUGUUUGUUUUGCAUUUUUAUUUCUCUUGGUAUUCUAUCUGAUUUACUUAUGGUUUACUAUUAACAACCUAAUUUCUCAUCGUGUAGACGGAUAGGAACCACUAUACAUAUAGUAUCAUUAAGCCCACGGCACCAAUGUCACGAAACCCCACUCAGCAGCCAGGCGGAUGGCCUUCCUCCCGCCCCCCAGACUCUGGGGUUAAGGAGUCAUUAAACCAUGCCACAUACCACUAUUGCCUUUAGCCGCUAUAGCGCGCACGCCCCUAGAGCUUGUCCCCAACUCCACCCAAAGCUAAGGAGGACAGGGACAGAUGACAAUACGGCCAUACAGGCCACCAGAAGCGGCUCUGGCAAGGUUACACCACCUAAUAUAUUCUAACCUGUUACAUACUCACUUUUAGUUCUUGCAUCACUCAAGAAAAUUAUAAAAAUUGUGCUACUACCUGCUUUAGUAUGUCACACUGCUGUUUAACUAUGUCUUUAACUACUGUGCACGCAGCUGUUGUUGUGACACUGCCUGCUCUUGUGUUUAACUUGCACUUUCAAAAAUAAAAAUUUACAAAAAAAAAAAAAAAUGUAUCUCCUGCUGAGAACUCUACCAGGAAGCUACUUCCUUAUCUUCCUGUACAGCCAAGUGUUCUCUUAUUAUUACUAUUAUUAUUAGUGACAGCUGGAUAUUAUGCAGAACACAAGAUUUUGAACAAAAUGGCUGGAUUGGAAAAAAGUCUCCAAGUCAGUCAUGCGUCCAGUUUAGUUGUGUUUGUUUAAAAUGUGAAAUUCACUUUAUAUUUCCAACAAUUCUAACUUUAGUAAAUAUCCCUGUACAGACAGGGAGAUACAGAAAGACGAGCCCUAGCGCCAUAACUUGUGAUAGAAAGAUAAGUUGUUAUGGUGCUUGGAUUGUUCCAUUUAAAGCUGAAUACAUCAUGGAAAGCAAGUGAUCAUCUGUUAUGAAUUGAUAGAACAUUACAAUCCUUAAAUCCGAUAAACCACAAAUGCUAUGGGUGAUUUUCUGUUUAAAACUUAAUUCCUGAAACACUGCAGUACUUGAAAACCACAGGGGCAAAGGGUAAUAGGUUUUUACCACGUUGAUCCAAUUUAGCAGGUUAGUUGCCAGUAACAGGAACUGAGCCACUUUAUUUAUAUUGUUGGAGGGAGGGAAGCACUCUAUGGAGAGGUUAUUGAAGAAUAGACGGAGAUUACAAAGCAUUAGAAGGAGUGAUGGUAAGUUUUGUAUUCUUGUUACGGAGGACUUAUACUGUGCAUUACUAGCAAUGGAAAGAGGUCACAUACUAAUGUGUUCAUUUCUCCCAUUUAUCUUGAAAUUAAUCUAAUAUUAUGUAAGUAAAGCGUGCGGUUUAGCAAGCUAAUAUUAGAUACACAUUAUACAUUCAGUGUGAAUGGCCACUGGCCAUCGGAUUUGUUUGACUUAACGUAAGAAAUCAUUUUGUUUUUCAGAGGUCAUUAUGAAGGAUGACAUGAACAAUUACAUCACCCAGUAUUAUAACGAGCCAAGCAGUGGUAAGGAUAAUUUAAUGUUAAUUUGCUGAAAAUUGAGUGGAUAGUCACAGCAGUGAGUUUAAAUGCAUCAGUGGAACAUAAACAGAUAAAUGCUGCUUAAAACCUGAUUUAUUCUCAAACAAAGAAAAAAGUUACCUGUGCACUAGCCCCAAUCUUUAUGCAUAUUUAAAUAUGGCCAUUAGAUGUAAGCCCAAUUGUCAUGUCAAGGUGGGUCCUACACUAACAAUUCACCUGGCUUCCUUGCGCUUCAGGCGAAGAAAUCUCUGAGACAGAAAGGGGUAUUUUUCUAAACCCCUACAUACUUAUUAACCCACAAUAGGGAACACAUGGGAUGGGUGGCAGCAUUGUAAAAUGGCUGUGUGAUGGAAAAAGUGAAUACAAAUACACAUAAAAAAGUCCUGCACUCAAACUCCCACUAUUCCUGGGCGGCAUUUCUGUAACAUGUAUAUAUCAUGAUCCGUUAGUACAGGUAUGCUUCCAAUCAGGGAUAUGUUUAAGCCUAGGCCAAAAUAAACCAAGGCUUUGUUCUACAAUCAAAGGUAGUGGCAGCAAAUGGAGAUCCUGCAUCGCACUUUAAAAAUUCACAGUAGCAUGGAGAUAUGCUUAUUCCAGAUGUCUCCUUCAACUUUAGUAGUAACUGUGGGUAGAUUGUUUUCAGUAAUAUGACUGACAUGUGUAUGUACAUUUAAGCAGAUAGUUGGAGGAUUACACAGUGAUAGCGCAUUUAAACGGCCAUAUUUUACUGAAUCUGAGUUUGACGAAUGCCGCCAAUAAUUAUAUCUCACUCUUCUACAAGCAUCCUUGGGUAAUCAGGCUAAAUCAUCACUUUGUCAUUUUAUAGUAUUAGAUGGAUGCCCUAACUUUCUUGUUAAUGCCAUAUGGCUGUGGCUUGAUAUUCUUCACAGCUCAAAUAGAACAAAAUAAUCCGCAUUAAAGCAGAAGAUAUGUACAUGUUUACUAAAAUGGUGAUCAUUAUAGUUGUUUUGGUAUUUAAGUUACAUCUGCACCUUCUCUCUUUGAAAUGGACUUACAUGAAACUUGAAUGGUUGAAUUAUUUAAUAUCUCAUUUUCUUUCUUUACAUUUUAAAGAAAGUAGAAAUGGAUUUAUUUAUUUAUUCAGUCUUCCUCUGCUGCAACACCCGGAGUUCUCUAUAGAGUAAAUAGCUGGGAUGAGUCUUGAUGCUCUCAAGGUGGAAGGUCUGACUUUAAUCAGGACUCAAGACCUCAAUGUACAUGGUAUUUUAGGUGUCACCACUGGAUAUACUCCAUGCAUUUAUACAACCCUACUAGUCUGGUUACUGUGUUAACCAAUUCCGCCAAACUUUCCUAUAAGGAGCUCUACGUCCUUCCAAUGGUUGAGUUGCUGUAUUCAAGACAUAUCCAUGGUCUACAAUAUACACAUGACUUAAAUAAUCCCUUCCCAAUAGGCCUUUAAUUCCUUGAUUUGGCCCCGUCUUAAAAGUCUUUGUAGGAAAUCUAACAAUCCACCACUGGACUUAGGUGCGGAUCUAUCUAGAGUCUUAGAAACUGCUCCAAACUUGCUGUUCUAAGUAAGUGCCAUUUGAGGCACAGAAUGUGUUAGGUAUUUUUUGUCUUAGUUUGCUUGUGGGCUUUACUAGUUUGCCAUUCCAGAUUUACUUUUGUUUUGUUUUUUCAUAUUUGUACAAACACUGACACUUGUGAGAGGAGUGACUGGAGAGGAAAAAUCAGUUUGACUGCAGCAUUCAUUACAGACUGUAGCGGGGCAAUAUGGCUUUUAGGAAAACCAUUUAGGAGAGGGUUACAAUAGUCCAUGCGAGAGAGCAUGGAUAAGUGUCUUACGUAAGAAAGGGGUGGAUGCGGGCAAUGUUUUUAAGGUGGAAUCAACAGGAUUUGAGGCCAGAAUCAAAUAGAACGCCAAGACAGCGUGCUUGCAAGGAUGAGCUGAUGUGGGUACCACUAACUUGAAGGGAGAGCGAAAGAGAAGGAUCCGUAUUAGGAAGAGGAAAGACAAGAAGCUCAGUGUUGGAGGGUUUGAGUUUCAGAAAGCAGGACAACAUUCAAUCAUAGGCAAGUAGUGACAUGGGAGAGGUCUGGGAAGGAGAGAUAUAUCUGUGUGUCAUUGGCGUACAGGUGGUAGUGGAAUCCAAAUGAGGUAAUGCGUUUUCCAAGAGAGGCAGUAUAAAGAGUAAAUAGAAGGGGACAAAGAACAGAGCCUUGGGGGAUUCCAACCGCGACCGGUCAAAGAGAGGUAGUAUUAUUAGAAAAGGAGAUACUGAAUGAGCAUUGGGAGAGAGAGGAGGAAAACUACAAGAGGACAGUGUCCCAGAGACUGUGUAAUUAAAGAGUUUGGAGAAGGGGAAUAUAAUCAACAGUGUCAAAGGUAGCAGAAAGGUCAAGAAGAAUGAGUAUGGAGUAGUGACCUUUGGAUCAACCUAAUCGCAGCUAAAUCAAAACACCUUAGUUGAGUGAUUGUAGUCAUUCCACCGCAGACCUGCUAUUGAUCCUAGGGUUUUUUUAAUCCAUGGUAUUCCUUGCUCUGUAUUAAAGGAACUCUCCAGGCUCCAUAGCUUCUCAAUAAGGUCCUGGGUGCCUUAAGAGGUUAAACGGUUUACGAACAGUUUAACCCAAAAUUUGCAAACAAAAUACACGUUUGGCUGUCCUCCUGGCUCUCAUCCAUGGUAUGAAGCUUCAAUAAGCGAGCCCCAGACAAGGCACUGCUGUCAGUAGCUUUCCAGUGAAAGAAGAAGAAAAAAAAAAACAGUUUGAGAAAGGUACCUGUCCCGCUGUAGAAUCUUUGUCUAAGUAGGUUGUUUUAUCAGAUUCUGGGUGCAACAUCCAAAGGUUUUUUGUUUAGUUAAAAAAAAAAUUAUUAUAAAAACGACUAUUCAGGGAUAUACUUUAAACGUUAAUCUACAGGGUAAUAGCUUGCUAAUCUUAGGGGGUGGGGGGAAGACUGACUGCCAGUUUGGAGUUGAGGAAUUUUUUCAAAUUGGAAAUUCAUUCAAAUUGGAAUUUUGACAGGUUAAAAUUCAUGGGCAUGAGUUUGUUUGUCCUAUCCCCUCCCUGCCUUUUUGAUAAUGUGGAACAGAAGUAGAUAUCCACAACAAACCUUACUAUCUCUGACUAUGAUUUUUGCCAAGCCAGUAUUGAAGACUUGCUUACUUUAAACAUGGAGUCCAUCACUAAAGAUGAAGCCCAUGGAACUGAUGAAAAUGCAAAUUAUUAUUUUAAUCGCAUCCACACCACAAUAUCCAUCACGUGCCAUAACAAGCAGUUUGUGAGGCUAUUGGAGAAGGUACCCAACAACCUGGUACAAUAGAAGGAAAAGGAUAAAAAAAAAAAAUAGGACAGAAAUGCCAAAGAAGCACUGUAAGUCUUAAUUAUUGGCUUACAGGGCAAGCACAUUUUUUAAUCUCUUAAAGGACCACUCUAGGCACCCAGACCACUUCAGCUUUAUGAAGUGGUCUGGGUGCCAGGUUCCUCUAGGAUUAACCCUCUUUUUUUUAUAAACAUAGCAGUUUCAGAGAAACUGCUAUGUUUAUACUGAGGGUUAAUCCAGCCUCUAGUGGCUGUCUCAUUGACAGCCGCUAGAGGCGCUUGCGUGCUUCUCACUGUGAAAAUCACAGUGAGAGCACGCAAGCGUCCAUAGGAAAGCAUUGUAAAUGCUUUCCUAUGCGACUGGCUGAAUGCACGCGGCUCCUGCCACGCAUGCGCAUUCAGCCGAUGACGUCACGAGCAAGGAGGAGUACAGCUCCCCGCCCGGCGCUGGAGAAAGGUAAGUGUUUAACCCCUUCCUCUCUCCAGAACCUGGCCGGAGGGGGUCCCUGAGGGUGGGGGCACCCUCAGGGCACUAUAGUGCCAGGAAAAAGAGUAUGUUCUCCUGGCACUAUAGUGGUCCUUUAAUAUCUAGGUGAGGAGGUUGUCAACAGGAGAAUAGAUCAUUUUACCAGCAGAAAAUAUCCUAGAAAAUGACAUUAUUUGUUCAGAUCACUAUACAGCCAGCACAUAGUAAAUUGGUAAUAAAGCCAAUAACGACCAGGGAACAUAUUAAUGAGUAGGUACACACCAAAUAAAACAGACUAGGUGCUGCCAGUUCAGAGCAAAUCUGGACUUGUAAGAUUCAGUAGGCAGCAAAAAGCCAAACUGUAAAUAUGGAUCGAUUCAAGCUUCCUAUUAUUGGUGAUGUAACUACCAGACCAUGAACUUGAAAAGCAAUGAGAUUAAUAUUUUUGGAAUGUUCCUUUAUCCUUAUGUGAGCUCCGCUAGGUCCCUAUUUACUUUUGUUUGUUUUUUUGUUUUUGUUGCCAGAUAUGAUUAAUUCUCUUUUGUAUUCAUGUGGCAAAAUGAGGUAGCAUUUACAGGUUAUUUUGUUGGCAAAGCAGCAUAGAACAAGCAUGAACAAUGUUCAUAAGAUUACAGUCAAGUUUAACUUAAGUCUAUAUUACUUGCAGAGAGCGGUGUUCCUGGGACAUGCAUCAUCACUACAGCCGCUAUUGAUGUUCAUCAUCACCCCGAUAUAUCCUCUGACCUUUACUCUGCAGAAGUACAAAUCACCCCAGAACGAAACAGCAGCUCAAGUAGUAUAAACUCAGUAAGUGUGACCAGAUCUCCGGAAAGUUCUGAAACAUUAGCUCAGAGCAUAAGCAGCCAGGUCUUCUGUUCCUCCACAGACUGCAGCACAAGGGAGGAAUCAACAGAUUAUUGUCCAUUGGCACCAACUGCACAACGUACUGUGAAAAAUGCUCAAGAACUCUUAUCUUCCUUUUCAGAAGAUAUAUCAUUUAUUCAGAGAAGGAAGGAUCCAGCCAACCUUCACCUGAGUAAUCCUGUAGGCUCAUGUGUCUCUAGUCCCAAACAUGCACAUCAAAUCAAUAUUUAUAACCGGGUCCAUCAAGAGGAAUUUAGGAUUUUCCGCGACAAGUCUGUGAUACCACUUAACCUCCCUCUUUUAGAGAGUAAACGGUUAGAUACAGAAAUUAAAUGAAACUGGGUAACAGAUUUGUAACUCUUGAGCCUUGUUCCACAGCUAAUUGAUUGCUACAUAGCAAAAAACGUAAGGCUUUCAUCAGGUUCACAAACCUUAGGCAUUAAGUAGACUUAAUGUUCUGACUUGACAAGUUUUCAGAUCAGUCACUGUGAGAAGGAAUUCAAAUCAAACAUCAUUCUUCAUAAGGCAGUCUACAUCAACAAUCUAGAAUCAUUCUCAGGAGAUACACAAUAUUCUAGAUUGAUUCUUCAUCUAGCCUCAUACAAUGGUUUACAAAACAUUACAUGCAUGUAUUUAGAAACAAAGUAUCGUUAUUACAUAUUACAAAGGGCAUAUUUUCCUACCAUGCAUAUAUCAUGUAAACAAACAGGGUUAUUCACUAAAGUGUGAAUUCAAAUAAAAUUACAAAUUGUUAGCCUAAAUAAUCAAGCUGAAGAAAAAUAGACUUGGAAUUUUUAGAGUAAAAUUUGAAAACCUAAGAAUUUGUGCUUCUUUGAACCACCCUGCAAAUGUUAAAGUAAAUGAAUUUAUCGGAGUAGUAAAUGUGCAUUUGUGUAUGUAUGCAUACAUCUACACAUGCAAUCAACAUUCAGGGAGUAAAAAGUACUAGUACUCUCCUACACUAAGGGGAAAUGACUGUGGUACUUUCUAUACUGUCUACAGGGAUCAUAAGAGGUGCCAAUACACUGUACUGGUGAGUACCACCAGGAAAAGUCAUGUGUUUAUAUAAAUAUGUGGAGAGAUCAGUGUUAUCAAUCAACUACAGAUUUUGUACAAAUGCUGCAAUAUUUUUGAAUGCACAAUCCAUUUUGGGCAGUACUUGACAUAUGCAAAUUAAAAAGAAAAAA